AGCCAGAUUUGGUGCUUCAAAGGCUUGGGAAGAAGCAGCCCAGGGAGAGAGCGGAGCAGCCUAGGGAGAGAGCUAGAGAGCUUCUUAGGAAGGGAAGGGAGGGAAACUCAGAGAGGCAGAGAGAGAGAGAGAGAGAGAAAUCAGGAUUCCAACACCCACCCAGCCCCAGCCUCUUUCAACUCGACACACUUUUUUCCAAGUGGAUAGCCCGCUUUGCUGCUGCAUCUUUUGCCCGGAAAGGUGCAAGAGCUAUUUUGGAAGCUGGUAACAGAAGGAACCCCACAAACCAGCCUUUGGGGAGAAAAAGGAUUUUCCCGGGGGCCCCCCUCAAUUCUCCCUCUACGCUGGGCAAGUUGUUGCUGACUAAACCUGGCAUUAAAACCCCAAAUUCGUUCACUCUCUCCUAUCAAUUUCAAGCCACAAGUUUUUCCCUGGGGAUCGCGGCUUGCCAAUUUGCAGCAUACACAGCUGGGGACUUUGCUGUUUUUUCAACUGAGCCUGCACUUCCCAUCCCGUCACUGGCUCCCUGAUAGCAUCAAUGCCCCUUUCUCUGCAACCACCACAGCCCUCGGCUGGCAGGCUGGCCGCUGCCCGCACGCUCUUCUUCCCUCUGCUGCUGGUCUUGCGACUGCUGGGCAAUGCCUGGGCACUGCCCACCCAGGACAGCGACUCCCAGGGGGUGGUGCCAGUCUGGAUGGUCCCUCCGGGAAGUGAAGGGCAGGUUUCCUUCUCCAUCCGUGCCUUCAGGAAGGAGUUUGUCCUGCAGUUGGAGCCAGAUGCCAGCUUCUUGGCACCUGGGCUGAAGAUCCAGCACGUGGGUAGGAAGGAGCUCCUUGCUAAGGGGGACGUGGGGCUCCGGAGCUGCUUCUACUCGGGGACUGUGAACUCCCAGCCAGACUCCCUGGUGGCUGUCAGCCUGUGCCAGGGCAUCCGUGGCUCCUUCUUGGUGGAUGGAGACAAAUAUGUCAUCCACCCACAAGGUCAUGAGAAUGGAGAUCCUCUGCUGCAGGCCCACCAGCUCCAGAAGAGGGGGUGGGCAAAAGAAGCUGGAGAGGACAUCCCAGAAGAGGAAUCCCGGGUAGCAGAGUCCAACAGCACCAGCAGAACCAAGAGGUUCAUCUCAGAAGCCCGCUAUGUGGAGACCCUGCUGGUGGCUGAUGCCUCCAUGCUCCAGUUCUAUGGGGAAGACCUGACGGUAAGCAGCGCUUCAGCUCUCCUUCUCUUCCUUUUAGAUGCUCAGAGCAGGUGCAGGUUGGGCGGUGCAUGCCAACAUGCAUGGAAUCUUAAGUGGGAAUCUUCGAGCUGUGGGUGGGGUGGUAGAUCUGGGGUGAUGCAGUCAGGGGCAGAUCAUGGUAAAAGCAUGAACCCUGAGCAGUAAUUCUCCAAAUCUCGCUUGCCUUCAACUUCUGGAUGCAUACACACCAUACAUUUAAUGCACAUUAACUCCUGGUUGCGUUCACGCAACACAUACAAAGCACAUUUAAAGCACACACAUACCCUAAAAAUCUUGAGAACUGUAGUUCACCCCACACAGCUACAAUCCCCAGCAAACUACCAUUCCCAGAAUUCUUGCGGGGGGGGUGUGAUAUGCUCUAAAUGUGUGGUUUGUUCACUGCUGUCUUUCAGCCUCCUGUCUGUAAUUUUAUGGGGUAAGGGCCAUAAUAAUUCUGAUCCACGUUGCAGGGCUACUUACUGGGAAUAACACUUGUGAAGCACUGUGAACACUUUAAGGCACAUGAUAGCAAAAAUGAUCAUAGUGGAAAACAUCUGGGAGAAUGAUGCUCCAUGCAGGGGUGUGCACAGGGUCGUUGUGGGACAAAGCUCACUAUUUGAGACUGCUCACUAUUGAAGGGCAGACUUGUUAACAAGGAACUUCCGCUAAACAGCAACUGUUCCAACAAGGAACAGUUAUCUCCUGCUCCCUGCCCCACCCCAAUAACACACAAUUAACACAUCCCUCGCAAUGUGAUGUCAUCACGUUCUGCAUUUCCCCGCCCCGGCUUCACAUCAUCGAAUAUUGCACAGUGUGAUGAAGUCAUACAUCUGAUGGAUGUUCCUAGAUGUUAUGGUUUGGGGUAGGGAACUUGACACCCAGAUGACAUUUCUGGCAGCUGCCUGAGUCACCUUGUCUGGUGGAGAUGAAACGUCUGUAUUUUAACUCAUCGUUUUCUUUGUACCUGGUAAAGUGCACUGCAGAACCUGAAAGCUGGUAUUUUUCAAAGCAUAAUUUUGUCCAGAGAGAGGCAAAAUUGAACUACGUAUUUUGUGGGGUUUUUAAAAAAAAAAAUUAUUGUGGGAAAGGAGCACAGCAUCUUUUGCCUAUGCUCAGCUGAUGACAUGAGAACUGUAAAGCAAUUUGAUAUUACAGCCAUUAAGCUAAUCUGUGUUCCUCGUUAUUGUAAGGUCUGCCUCUUUGGUAUACUAAUUUGGUACCUGAUACUACUUUGGGAGACUAAUGGGGGGGGGAGUUGGGGCUUUGUUUAGUAGGAGAAGGGGAAGAGGCACAGUCUCUAUUAGUAGCCACAUAAGAUUAGUAAAAGUUCUAGAAGUCAUGUUUUGAUGUGAGCCUCCCUCUCUCUUGGGCUGCACCCCCACCCCCAAGCCGUGGUUGAAGAGACCACUUGAACCAGGAGACCCACAGAUUUCCCAAGUACCAUUUACAUCAGUAAAUUUAUGUUCACCGUGUGAAAGUCUUACUCAGCUUUGUUAGCUCUAAAAGGGAAGUUUCUAUCCUGGAACUUGUGUGCAAGGAAAAUCCUAACUUCUGCUAGGACAGCGGCUUUCACAGUGGUGAAAUUAAGCAGAAAUUAUAUGAAGGACAUUCUAUUAAAAUGAGAGGGGAACAGAGGUGCAUGGGCCAUUACAAGGGGUUCUGCUAACAGAGUAUUUGUGGGGGGCCAUGUUCAUCGUCAGUCCCUGCAUUUCUAGUGGGGAAGUUACAGUAUUUUAUCUGAGGUGCUAAUAGCAGGAAUGGGCUCAGUACAAGUCAGGUUUAUUCGGGAGACCUCCUUCUUUCAGCACAUAGCAGGUGGAACUUCAGAAAUGUUAAAUGUGAAUAUUUAUUACGUAGUAAGAUGUAUGAAACAUUUCCAUGAUAGGCAGGAUGCAUGUGGAAUCGCACUUUGGUCUCUUCCAGACUUUUGCUCUUUUGGGGUGGGAUUCAACCACAUGCCAACAAACUCAGAUUGCACAAAUAAAGCUGGUUUUUGCUCUGUGCAACAAACCACCCUCCCCACUCAAAUCAGACAUUUUGUGAUGAGGGAAAUGAUUGGGAAGCGCACCCUUGGAAAGCGAGGGAUAAUAGUUGCUUGGCACAGGUUGAUAUACCCUUCCAACAAACAAAUCUGAAUGUGUGCUCAAUGGACAGCUGGCAGAAAUGACAUGGAACUGCCGAACUAAGGAAACCUUGACUCUUAGGGCAGGAAGAGAGAAAAGUUUGUAACGGUUAGAGACUUUGCUUCCUAUGGUGUCGACACACACACACACACACACACGACAUACGUACAAGUGUAACUUUCCUUUAUCCUACUUUUGCUCUCGAUCAAACAGAUUUUGCAGAUUUUUUUAAACAAUGAAAAAAACUUUCCAGCUCUAUUAACCUGAGGUGAAAACCGCAUGGCUGUACAUAUGCCACAAGCAGCUAUCACUUUUUCAAAACGAUUUCAAUAAAAAUAACACUCUAGUCCUUUGUCUGAGAAAGACUAGAGCUGAGUCAAUUACAUCCAUCAUCUCCCUAUAGAAAGGAUUUAUUCCAAGCCUUUGGCUUAACCCUUUAAUCCUUAUCCCCAAUUGCAAAGAAGGCUAUGUAUACAGAACUGCAUUUUCUUCAGUCGUCCUGCUGCUCUUGCUUCUUCCCCUUCUCCACCCGUUUCCCUCUGCUGUGUUCUCCAUUACUGGAGUUAAAAUUGCAGGAUCCUUAAGGGUAGGGACCUAUAUUAUUAUUAUUAUUAUUAUUAAUAUUAUUACUUUUUACUCAUGUAAUCGCUUUACCCCCUAUGUGCCUACUCGACAGUUUCAAUCUGUAGAACUGGCAGUCUUAUGCACAAUACCCAUUCUAAACAUUUCAGAAAUUCUUCCUUUAGUUUGCCAUAACUUGCACUUUGGAACUCCCUGCCUAUUGAUAUCAGGCAGGCACUUCUACUAUUUUUCCUUUGUUUGUGUGCCUGCUUAAUACAUUUUUUAUUAGGCCUAUUGACAUGUGUAUAUGUUGCUGUGCUUUUAAUCAGUUUUUAGCUAACUGCUGGUUUAAUUUUUUUUAUGUUUUACUUAUUUUAUCUGUUUUCAUUGUUUAUUUUAAUAUUUUAUGUCAACCGCGUAGAGGUUUCAUGACAAACAAAAGUGGUAUAUUAAUUUUGUAAAGUAAGUAAAUAAAUAAAUAAAUAAAAUUGCUAUGUCGCUUUGAAAAAUGGUAGACAUUGGAUGGUGCUAUACGAAUACAUAAUGCUUCAGUAGACAUCUCACUAGGCUGAACUCUGGCUCAGACGAUAGACUCCCUGCUACAGUGCCAAACCUCUGUAAUACUAAUAACCCCCUUAUAUCCAGACGUCAUGCGGAUCUGGGAAUCUCGCCAACAGCAGUAGAAUGUCUAAACUGGGUAAAAUAUGAAUCGUAAAUCUGUACAGUAGUCAAGAAACACAAUGGAUUUCCCAAAAUAGGAAGAUAUUGAACGACAAUUGCUGUUUUUCCCUAGAAGUGAUUUAUUUUGGAUAGUUGUUUGUCUGUUUGCUAUGCCUUUAGACACCUCUUAAGAUAUUGUAACCAUAUUUGGAUGAUGACUGCUGAGAACAAGCAUCAGAUUUUUGUCUCUGUUUGGGUACAAUUGUUUGCCAUUUUGAAUUAAGAUGGCGGGCUGAACCUUUCAAAGCUGCACUGAUUUAAAUUUCUGGUUUUGAAACUGCACUUGUUUUUGGUUUUUGUCUUGUUUCUUAGAAUCCCUGAGCAGGGCUGGGCACAAGUGUGCUGAUUUCUUAAAUUUCUUAACAGUAUUGCCUUCAUAGCUGUCAACUUUUCCUUUUUCUUGCAAGGAAUCUUAUUCAGAAUAAGGGAAUUUCCCUUAUAAAAAGGGAAACGUUGACAGCUAUGAUUGCCUUUCAGAGCAGCAUACAUCACGUCCCAUGCAGCCGCACAUCCAAGCAGUGGCCAAACCUAUGUGUUUCACAGUAUUCCUAGCCUGGGAUUCUGAUCUCAAAGCAACAAAUGGGAACAGUAUGUCCAUCUGGAAGCUCCCCCCACCCUUACAGCCCUUCACAGUCCAUACAUAGUCAUAGGAAUCCUCUGCACACUGGGAAUUUUGGAUCCUGCUCAGUUGUGUUUCCCCCUGUUGGACCUUAAAGACUUGGGUUGAUGUUAGAGACAGCCCUGGGGCAGAUCUACAUCACACACUUAAAGACACACAUUUAAAACACAUGACUUCCCCCAAUGAACCCUGGGAACUAUAGUUUGUUAAGGGUGCUGGGAAUUGUGAGGUUGGAAUAGCAGCUCCCAGGAUUCUUUGGAGGAAGUCAUGUGUUUUAAAUGUGCACUGGAUCUCGGGCACCUGGGGCGGCGUGCCCAGGGGUGGUGAGAACCAUCCAUAGGAGCAGGGUGAACCACCCAUAGGGACAGCAUGGCCUGUCCCUUCCCUAUGGGCACCACGUGCCCUGUCCCUAUGGGUGCCACGCAGCAUCCAUAGGGACGGCACAGAGCGUGGGGUGCCCUUAGGGAGGGACUGGGCAUGCUGUGGGGCCUCAGCCACCCUACAGAUGGGGGGUAUUAAGUUGUGGGUGAACAUAUCAGACGACACAGCAAUUCUUCAAACAGCUCUUAUUUAUUCACAGGCCAGAACUGAACUGAAGGGUUCAGCCAGCCCGCUUAUAUAGAGCUCCACUACAACGCAACUGUAACAACUUUCUGUAACUAUCCAAUCACUGAACGUCACUUUCAAUCCCUUAUUUGCAUAUGUGGACUUGAGUGAAAACUAUCUACAGUAUCCCCCUGCUGGCCCAGGGUGAGAACUUCAGUACAUAACAGGGGGAGGCAGCCAGUAGACAGUGCGGAGCCUGCAGGUGCCAACACACAUUGCUCAUGCGCGCUGCAUGCCCCGUGGUGAGUGCCACUGGCCAUUUUGUCACCCCCCCAUCAGGGUGGCACUCGGGGCGUACUGCACCCCCCCUUCCUACACCCCUGCACUGGAUGUGCUUUAACUUAAUAGUGUGGAUUGGCUAGGCAUUUGCAACAGGUGCUGGGUACCUGUCCCCAGUCUUGCUCCCUCUACCACCCAACUGACACUCAAAUACUGUGCUAAGCAGCUGACCUAUGGAGUGCAGGUCUACAGGGCCUGAUGCUCUCCAGAUGCCUGGGACUAUUACUCUCAUCAGCCGCUGCUGGGUGGCAUCUGGAAAGCAUCAGGUCAGGGAAGGCUGUUCCAGGCUACAGAUGUCUAAUGGAGAAUGCUUAUCUCUCUCUCAAACUACAGUUUCCAAGAUUGCUUUGUGGAGAAGUCAUGACAGAUGAGAACGCAAUGCUGUGUAGAUCCCCAUCAGGCUGUGGAGGGCUAGCCUACAAUAGCUAGGUAAAGGUAAAGGGACCCCUGACCAUUAGGUCCAGUCGUGACCGACUCUGGGGUUGCAUCGCUCAUCUCACUUUAUUGGCCGAGGGAGCCGGCGUACAGCUUCCGGGUCAUGUGGCCAGCAGGACUAAGCCGCUUCUGGCAAACCAGAGCAGCGCACGGAAACGUCGUUUACCUUCCCGCCGGAGCAGUACCCAUUUAUCUACUUGCACUUUGAUGUGCUUUCGAACUGCUAGGUUGGCAGGAACAGGGACCGAGCAAUGGGAGCUCACCCUGUUGCGGGUAUUCGAACCGCCAACCUUCUGAUCGGCAAGUCCUAGGCUCUGUGGUUUAACCCACAGCGCCACCCACGUCUCAGCCUACAAUAGUUACAGAGCUCUAUUUCCCAGACUUCCAUGAAGGGAAUCCAUGAUAGCUAAGCUCAUUUAAAGCUAAGCAGGAAUAGCCAAUGCUGUGCCCUUCAGAUGCUGGACUCUAUCUCUCAUCAGCCCCAGCUGACAUGGCCGGUGGUCAGGGAUGAGGGGAGCUGAAAUGCAGCAAACAUCUGAAAGGCUCCACGUUGGCUUCCCCUAGUCUAUAGUGUUCAAUGAAAGCCCUUUGCCAUCUUCCUCACAUUUCAGAAGGCCUACAUUAGCAGCAGGACAUCGUUCCAAUCUCCUGUGGAAGACUAACCAAACAAAAGCAUCCAUAUAUAUCACUUGCCCACAGCUGUUUCUGAAGGCACUGGUGGUGGGGUUAGAUGGAGGGGAAAUACGUGUGUGUCAGUCUGGUCUGCCUGAAAAGGUACACACAUGUUGCAGAAACAUUGAGUCAGAAGGGUCCAUGUUUACUUGGCUUCCUUGCAAUCCUUGCAGCCGCAUUUUCAUCACUAAACAUUAAAAGGUCAGGCGCGUCCUUUGCAAGUUGUUUUCCGACAUUAAUUGUGGUAGAGGAGGCCCCCCCCCAAAUAGCUCAGAUUCACACAGAUGGACAAAGAGGGAGUGGCUUCUGUUUUACCUCCCAAACAACCAUCACAACAUGCCUUCCUGCUCUGUAUUGUUGCCUAGGCUGCUCUGUCCCCUGCUCUGGAUAGAGUGAGUCAUACUCUAGCUAUACUCAGAGAAGACCCAAUAAUCCAUUGCACAAAGGGAAAACGUAUGUUUGUCAUUGCCCCCACUUUGGCUUCUGGCCCUGCCCACCACUGACAUGUGGCUCCCAGAGGGGUCAAGCUGCUUAGACAGAUAAUGGGGAGGGGAGCAAUUUGCAAGGCUCAGCUCAGGCUGCCUCUGGAGUCUGACUACAUCCUUGGAAGAAACCCAAAGAAUAAGCAAAAUGAGGGUCUAGUUCCAUUUGGUCAGGGGUGGGGAACCUUUUUUGAACCACUCCCUCCUGGGCAACCUUCUGCCAUCAUCAAGGUGCCAGGAGUGGGCGGAACAAUGAAUAUACAUUUUACCUUUGUACAGUAGGCUGCUUUCUACACACACCCCUCUCUGUCCCCAGUCUGGCAAGAAAGAGGCAUCGUCAGAGUUCAAGGACAGUGGCAGAAACACUCCAGGAAGUAAAUGGAAGGAAGAAAUGGGGAGAGAGAGUGUGACCUGAGGAGAGUCCCAAGGGCCAAACGGAGAAGUCGGCGGGCACCUUUUGCCCCUAGGCCUCAAGUUCUGCAAUUCUGGUUUAGGUAUUUGCCCUUCUCUCUUCCAAAGCACCUGACUAGAUGUUUGCUCUCAUGCAAAGCAGCUUGAACUGUGUUUGGUAUCUGCUUGGAGCCAUAAGCUUGAGGAGUUAAUAAGCAGAUUCUGAAACGUAUCUCCACACAAAAGCUGUGGGGCUCUUUCCAAGUCUGCAAUCCACACACACACACACACACACAGUGGACUACAGGAUUCUUCUCCACUUCCUCCUCUACCUUCUAUGUAAUGCUAAACAGCUGCCACAGUCCUCCUCUAGAGCAAACAUUGGCAAAACAACUGCUGAUUAUGAAGCACUCUGGUAUGAAAAACGCGCCACACAAGUGAACAUUGUUAUUCUGGAGGCGAUGGCUGAGGACCCAGCGUGAGUAGCUUCCAAGGGCUGGGAGGAAAGCAGGCCAGCCCUGGAAUAGUAUUAUGGUUAUCAGGUUGUCAAACAAUUGCUCAUGUCCCACGCUGAAAAGAAACAGGUGACGUUGCUUCAGAAUUCAUUGUGAAAUGUCCCCUGUGUGUCAGUGUUUCCUAAGACUUUGAUGGAGGUCACACACUCCUCCCCCCAACUCCCAUAAAAAUUGAACCUCUCAAAAAGGAUACUCAAAAAGGGGGCAGGAAAGGGGGAACUGAGAUUAUCAAGGGGGCUGCAGUGUCUGGCCUAUGAGGAGAGGCUACAGUAAUUGGGACAUUUUAGUUCAGAAAAAGAAAGGUAAGCAGCAGGUGAUGUAAUCAAUCUAGUAGAAUUAUGCAUGUGCAUUAGAGAGCUUUUUCUCAUUCUGCCAUAAUACCAGAACUCAGGGUCACCCAGUGAGAUUGAUAGGUGGAAGAGAUACGUCCAGCUAAACACAAUUAUGGAACUCCCUGCCAUCCAUUAGUUUGAAAAAGUGAUCAGACAAAUUCAUAGAAGGUGAGUCUGGCAGCUCUAGUCAGCCCCCAGGAGUACACCAGUUGUUGGAAGUGGGGAUACUGCUUUCCGUUUUUACUUGUGGGUUUCCCAGCAACAUCUGGUUGGCCAUUGUGAGGAAAAGAUGCUGGAUGUAGACAGACAUUUGGUUUGAUGCAUCAAUGUGCUUCAUAAGGUCUAAUGAUGCAUGCAUCAUUCUCACCCCAAAACAGCAUACGACUAAGGGCUCAUCCAGACUUCCUUUUGCACUGUGCUUUCCAGACACAGUUCAGUGCCUGGCUCAUGCAUAUACACACAGCACACAGCCCCAUCUGGGGCUAUCUAAUAUUGUUUCAUUGCAAGUGACUGAAUACACCGGUCUCCUCCUAGUGGGACAGAAUUGCCCGCUCCCAACAAAUGGCAGGAGGCAAAUCCCAAGCAAUGGAUAGUGUAGAGAUAAAUCAGGCAGCCGCCCUGCGGGGAAGAGGGUUGUACUUUUUUACGCCAUACUAGCAGCUGGAUGGCAUCCAGCUUACAAAUAGCUGGUCUACAUAUUUUAAAUGGACAGAGUCAGGGACUCCAGCAUUCUGCUUGUGGCAGGAAACAUGAUCUAGAGGAAGGAUGCCUAAGUGGAGGGUCAGGACAGAAUCCCCAAAUGAGUUAUGGGGAGCAGCUUCUGUGUGUGGCUCACGGGAUAUGGCAAAGGUCCACUGGACCAUGUUGCAUACAAUGCAGAUAGGCAAAUAAGGGUAGAGUCCGGAUUUAGGGCAGGGAGAAUGAUGGACAGGUAUGCCCCAGUUUCUGAAGACUUGCUGGUGAUUUCCAGCAAGAUUUUUGAGGAACCAGGGAACCAUCGUUGCAGCAAAAAGUUUUGGAACUGGUCCUCCUCUCGCCUGCUCAGCGGGAGAUUUUUGCCAAGAUAUGCUUCCCAUUUUGUGCCUCCCUUUAUUCCUGCUGUAAUAAUAUAGCUUUAAAUUCCCUUAUAGGACUCUGGGCCAAGCUCAGGCACUGCUGAAGGAAAACACGUAACAUUCUCCCAACACUUUUUUAAAAAAAUGAAAUGCAAUCGCAGGGGACAGACACCGGAAAUGGAAAAGCAGCCGUAGGGAGGGAUGCCACUUUUCUCCCACUAGUGGGGAAUUGGCUUAUGGGGAGGUCUAUGUUUGAGCCGAAAUACUACAAGAUGGAAUGAGGGCUCAAUCCAUACUGUUGUUUGACACCUGAGACGUGUUUUCAGGACCCACCCUAUUCCUGUCACCUGUUUUAACUGUUUUUAAUUCUAAAUUUUAAAUUGCUAAAAGCCAUGGUGAAGGGCAGGCGUUAAAUUUAAUUAUUUGAUUGCUUUCCUCCCCCACAAACAAAGUCUCAAAGUGACACACAGAAAAGAAGAUUCAUAUGAGACUACUGAAGCAAAUUAGAAUCGAUUAAGUUUUUGUUCAGCUAUUAACUUAAAAAUACUUACUCAGUGAUUGCAGACAAACCACUCUCCUUCGGUCUUACUCCCCUUGCCCUAACCUGCAACCUGAGAGAUAACAAUGCUGAUGUAUUCUACAGGGUUGUUGCUCGGAUUCCAACUGGACAUUGGCCACAAUCAUGGCAUACAUUUAAAGCACUGUGAUACCAAAUCAAAACAAAAUAACAAAAAAAGACCAAGUAUCAAAACUAAAUGCAGCAAAUACUCCUAGAAAUCCAUUACUUUCCUGCAAUUGAACUUUGAACGUAUGAAAGAGUGUGACUUUGGACCUUGCUAAAUCUUACCUUUUCUCCCUCCACUUCUUUCUUCCUAGUAACUUGUCAUGGAAAGCUGAUUCAGUGCUUCCAGGGUUCAGUUUCCUUGGAAUGAGGGAUAGUGGGGACUUAGGGUAAAUGGCUAUUUACACAUAUAUACAACCUGAGCCAAAGAUGGAGGGGCUCACAGUAUUAAUACCCUAGAAGGUUCAGUAUUGCUUCUUCCAUAGCUACAGACUUGGCUUCAAGCAGAAACUUGCAUUCUCAGGCUUCUGCCUGCAGCCUGCUUAGAGCCCAGCUCUCUCUCUCUCACUGGCUAUUGACCUUCUCACUACCAGCCAAGAGUGGGAAAGGGCCCACCCAGAAGCCUUCUAGCUUUCUUAUGCUAGCAACUCACACGCAGGGGUCAUCAUGGCCUUUGCCUGGCUCCUUCAAUAAUGAUUUAAACCCUUUUGAUUUUAACCUUUGCAGGAUCCAGGAAUUAGAAGGGACUUGGGCAUUGUACAGCCUAAUCUACAGCCCAAACUCACAACAAUGGGAAUCUGCCUUAUACCAUCUAAGACCAGUGAUCCAUCUAGCUCAGCACUGUCUACACCAGGGGUUGUCGACCUGGUCCCUACCACCCACUAGUGGGCGUUUCAGGAUUCUAGGUGGGCAGCAGGGGGUUCUAGGGCACAAGCUGAAUCCUUCUUUCAUUGAGCACUGGUGGGCGGUAAGGAAAUUUUACCAUCCAGAAAGAUGCAUUAGUGGGCGGUAGGUAUAAAAAGGUUGACUGUCCCUGCUCUACAUUGACUGGCAGUGGCGCUCCAGGACUUAAGACAAGGAGUCUCUCUCCCAGUCCUACCUGGAGAAGCCAAGGACUGAACCUGGGACCUUUUGCAUGCAAAGCUACAGCCCCUCAGUGCAAGUCUGAAAUGAUCAAAGUUGUAAGGAUGAAAUGAGAAGGUGAAAGAAUACAGGAGAGAAAGGGAGAAGGGAUUUGUUUUAAGAGGCAAGACAAAGAGGUGGAGAAAGAUCUUAGGGAAAUGAAAUGUGGGUGCAAUCCCAAUGGGGGAGACGGGAAGGAGGAAGCCAAGGAGUGGGGUGAUUCAGCCCCUCUCCAGCUAUUCGAUGCCCAAACACUGCCUGCAGCAUCCUUUGACUGCCACUUGGCUUUGUGCAAGGAAAUUCCUGGCUCGCACUUUAAACCGCCAACGGAGGUGCUAUAUUUGAGAUGGGAGCCAAGGCCCUUGCAGAAACUACCAGGAAUUCUGCUGAUAGUCUGGUAAACAGCACAGGCUGCCGGCUUCACUCCCCUUUCCCCAAGGCAAAUGAUUCCCAACAAGCUGACUCUUAUUAGCUUUGCACCACUAGCUCCAGGACGGUGCCUCUUGAGUCUGUUCUGUGUGGCCAGCUACUGUGGUCGGGCCUUCCCUCAGACACAAUCUGACCUGAUCGUGUCUCCACCACAAGGCACCAGCGGAGCGUUGAUUCUUCCUCCUUGGGGCUGAUUCUUCUCACUUUGCUUUUCUUAUUUGUGCGCUUACAAUGCAUUUGUUGUAUACUCCAAAAAUGCGAUGUGUAGCACAAUACACUCAGUGGGGAGCCAGGAUUGGCUGCAGUUCCCAAUUGAGCAUGCACCUGAUGGCAAACCUGGAUUUGAUCCUGUGUAAGUUGUGAAAUGGUUCUGAGUGUACACACAAUGGAGCUUCAGCCAGUUCUGACUCCCUAAUGAGCUUAGAUAGGUUUGGAAAUAUGUUGACGCAGCCAGACUUUGGAAGUGUACACUGAACAUGCUUGACGUGUACCAACACAAGCCUGUGCUUUCAAUCAAGGGUAGACUCAACUGGGUUUCUCCUACUAGGUUUUGUUCAAUUUCUUCUUUCCCCUUUCUCUCUUCCUUGAGAAACUACUCUAGAGAAUCGGGCGUGGGGAGAGAUGGCUCCAUGACAUCAGAAAAACUAAUCUGUCAGCAUUUGCUGGCUCCAUGAUGUCAUAAAAGCUGGCCAUUGUGUGUUGUGUCAUAAAGUUUAGCCAAUCAGUUCUGCAAGCUGGAAAUUAAUAGAACCAAUUUCCUCCUCAGCUUUAUCCAGGAUUGACACCUCUGAUUAUGUAUGUCUGUACACACUAACAAAAAUGUUUCCUAGCUCUGCUUCUUCCCUAGCUACUUUAGACUCUUUAAUUGGAGUUAUCAGAGGCUGAACCUGGCACCUUAUUCAUGUUAAAUAUUUGCCCUCUGACUGGACUAUAACAAUAGACAUAUUUAACUGAAUAUUUCAACCAAGAGUCAUCAGCAAGCUCUAAGCUACACAGAAGUGCCAAGUGGAUUAUUUCCACUCUGUUUUACACAGGGGUCCAAGUGAAUGCCAAGGAUAUGAAUACAGUUCAGUGAGUCAUGUUUUGUGGAGAAUCUCUGCACUGUAGAUAGUUAAUCAGGUGCAACUGAGUCACUAUAAUAGUUCCGUUAUUAUUGUUACAAGUGGAAUUCUGUUAAAAGAAUCAAAUGGUGAUAUUUUAAAUUAGACUCUGACCUAAAGUUUGAGGUCAAACGCAGCUCAAACACUCUUUGGGUGGUUCUCAGGAAGCUGCAAUCCCUUUACCUCCAUCAUCUUUUAAGUGGUUUCAGUGAAGAGCUGCAAUUGUUUGAACACAUGGGAAGCUGAGGGACAACCGAGGAAGGAAAGCAGUAAAACAUAUGCUUUCCAGGUAGGAAGUCACAGGUUCAAAUUCUGGCACCUCCAACUAAAAGUAGCAGGUGGUGGCAAAAAGCUGUACUCCAUCAGUCAAAACAGACAAUAGUAGCCUAGAUAGGUUCCCCACCCACAACAUUUCUCAUCCCGAAAGCCAUAUUCCCUUCUGGGCAACUUUCCUGGGCCCACAUGCCAGUGGUGGGUGGGGCAGAAGCAAAGUCUAUGCACACUCACACACCCCUCUAUGUCCUCCCUCCAAGGAAGCAAGAGUCUGAGGAUACAUUCUAGGCAGGAGAAACACUUAAGGGUGUGUGGCUUGGGAAGAGAGACAGAGGGCUCAUCCAGACUUCCAUUUGUGCCAUGAUUUAUAAGCAUAGGCCCAUGCUUUCCAGACACGGGUCUGAGCAGGGUUUCUUGUUUUUGUUUUGUUGUUGUUGUGCCAAACACUGCCGCUGUUUACCACUGAAUUGGAACAAAUACUGAUCCACAGAAAAACUGAUUGACGUUUGUUCUGAUUCAACUGUGAACAGCAGGUUUUCCUGAGGAGACAAAAAAACAAAAACCCCACUCAGACCUGUGCCUGGAAAGCACGGACUUGUGCUUACAAAUCGUGACACAAAUCAGAGCUUGGAUGAGCCCAUAGAUGUUUGCCUGCAGGUCUGAGCAACUACCUUAAAUCCUGGCAGGAUCAACCUGGAGGUCUAUGAAUCUGGAAAAGUCAACUCAAAAGGGUUGGGAAGAAGGAUGCAGCAAGGAGGUUGGGAAGCUGGCAGGCAGGCAGGGAAGUGGUAAGGAGCAAGACAGAUGAAGAAUACCUGGAACAAGACUAGCAAGUAGAAUGACAACCUGGCUGAUGUCAAGACCAUUAAUAACCAGCUUUGGAGAAGCUGCUGGAGACAGAGUUAGGGCUUGUCUACACUGCCCCUUGUCUAUGCCUAGAAAGCAGGGGGCCGAGCAGUUUUCUGCUUGACCCAUGCUUUCUAGGCAUGGGUCCAAGCUGUUUCCCCCUCACCCUGCUCCUUUCCCAAGGGAAAACCCACUCUUUAGCUCUAAAUCGGAACAAAUGGCAGUCCACAGAAAACCCUAUUGCCGUCUGCUCCAACUGAGUGGCUAAAGAGUGGCUUUCCCCUGUGGAAAGCAAGAGGAAUUCUGCCUGCCUUUGGUGAAGCUCAAAGCCUGUGCAACAGAUCUGUCUUCAGUUGAGAAAACAGGGCCAACCUGUCUCGAAUCCAACUCCUCAAGAGUCCAGCCUAGUGAAAUGUCCCUUCCAUCACCAGCCCAAGGGGCUUCUUUACCCAGGUGGCUGUUGUUUACCCCAGAGCAGCCAGGUUCUCUCACUCUGGGGCCAGCUGAACUUCUUUGUUCCCCUCCUAAAAGAGAAAAGAGCUGAGGGAAAGGGUGUAAAUAGACACCAGAUGGUGGAACAAGUGAACCUGACCUCAUAAUCUUCAUCAAAUAGCUGUUCGCUCAGUUUAGUUUACAUCUUUGCUUUCCAGCUUUUUUAUUUGUUUGUGGAUUCAAGGCAGGGAUAAGGAGCCAGAGCAUUUGUAUGCAGGGCUGCUGGAUGGGUGGAGGACAGGGGAUAAGAAGAGAAGGAAAAAAUUAAAGGAUCUGUGCUGAGAAAAGGGGCCUCAGCUUAUGUGACGAGACAUCAGUGACGAGAUUGCUAUCCACUGUCAGCCUGGAAAGAGCAGGAAGGACAUAACCAGCAAUCACACCAGUGGCCUGUGUGGACACUUGCCCUUUCUGUACAGCUGUGCACACACCAUACAUUUAAAGCACAUUUAAAGCACAUGACUUUCCCCAAAUAAUCCUGUCAGCCAUAGUUUAUCUCUUACAUAGCUACAAUUCCCAGCAUCCCUAACAAAUUAAGAGUCCCCAGGAUUAUGUGGGAGAAGACAUGUGAUUUAAAUGUACGGUGUGUACACAGCCUGAGUAAAUGUUGUAUUGUCUUAUGCUCCAUACAUUAGGGACCUUGGGCCAGCUUCAUACAAUAUUGGGGGUGGGUUCUGGUUGCUUAUGGGAAAUCAAACCAUGCAGCUGCUAAAUUGGCUUUUCGUGUGUAGCAAGAGCCAUACAAUUCAGGACCAUUUUAACGAUGAUGCAAAGUUUCAUAGGCAUAGUCAGCAUUGCACAAGCAGCCCAUCCCAUGGAGAGGUCCCACAUGGUCUGGGUUCCUCCAGAUGAUAUCCACAUUCAGACUGCCAUAACCUCUGAAAAAGGCCUGAUGAAAUACUUGUUAGGACUUUUUCAGACCAGGAGCCUCCAGAUCAGACACUGGCUUUCCUCUUGUUUCACCAGGUUAGUGAAAGGAAUAACAGGCAUUCGGGCCACAGACCAUAAUCCUCUUGGCCUGGCAAACCAGGGCUAAUCUGUUGCCAUGCGUUGAUGUCAAGUUCUCAGACUUCCUGCUUUCCCUUCAUCUGGGCAUGAUGUCACUAAGGGAGGCUGUCAGGGUCUUCCUCUGAACACCUUCAGCUUGCCAGCUUGCCACCUGACCAAAAGACCCAGCUGCACUUGAACUUCAGAGGAGUAAAAGUCAUUCAUCCGCAGUCCACAUCAGGGCUGGCUAACCUCUGGCUCUCCAACUCCUUGUUAGAUUUCUGUUAUGCCACUGUGCAGUUUUUGGAGUCACAAGACUCUGUUGACAUUCCAGACUGUUGGAAGUCUCAUGGGAGACGGAUGUUGAAGUUACUGGUUUCCUGUGUCUUUGUUCCUGUUGUUCACUGUCUCUCACAGAGAACAGAUGCAUAUUCUUUUCUGUCCUGCGUAGAUAGAAAUAAAUGUAGCAAUGUAGCACACAUUUUCUGGCUCCGUCUGCUGUCCGGGUACUCUGCAUAAUGGGGAACGUACCCGAAGCCUCAUUAAAGGCUUAGGUCAUUAAUCACUGUCGGAGCAGAGGUCGAUGGAUUCCGAAGAUACGAUGAGGAGGAGAGCUAUUACAGCUCAGUUGUACGGAAACUCUGACACUCCUAUCAUCUCUGACUGUUGGCUGUGCUGAUGGGGGUUGGAGUCCAACAACAGCUGGAUGGCCACAGGUUCCCCAUCCCUGGCCUACACAAUCAUAAUCCACUGACUGGUAGCAGAUACCAUUCAUUCAAAAGCAAGGCUGGCUAUUUAAGAAUUGGGCCCAAUGUUCUAAUCUCUUCUGUUUUGGUGUUAACUUCCCCGGCUUCAGUUGGCAGAGAAGGUGCAUGGAGUAGGGAGUAGAACACAGUCUGUACAGUUGAUUCUAAGUAUUAUUGGUGUGCCUUAAUUGAACAAUUAUGGUGAAGUCACAAAGGCAAGAAGCUGACACAGGAAAGCACAUCUGGGAAUGCAGGGGCCGUUUGCUGUUUCUCAAUAGCCGCGUUGUUGUGUAACGCUUGCAUUUUUCUGUCAUGAAGACGGUUCCGUGAGCCAGUGCCAAAAGAAGCCAGAAUUCUGAUAAGAUGUUAACAUCUGACUUAAACAUAGCUGGAGUGUCUGAUAUAUGAGGUCAUCUCUCCACUGUCUCGUUUACCCAAGCAAGAGGUGCUGCAGGGUGAAGGCUCAAGAGCAUACACAAAUGGUCUGUGUAGGAAGACAUCCCAUUCACAAAUGUGUCAUUGGUGUGUAUCGCCUACAUCUCACAAAGGCAAGGCUUGCCAUAGUACUCAUUGGAGUCAGCCUUGCUGGGCCUCUUUGAAAAGGUUGCAGAACAAAAGAUCUGACCAAAGGUCCAUCUGAUCCAUUGGCCAACCAGAUAGGAGCAUAGGAAGCUGCCUUAUAGAUGGUCCUUCUAGAUAAGUAUUGUCACUCUAUACAAAGAUGUGCUCUCCCACAUUCUCCUACAUUCCCAGCAUGUUUGCACUCCUGUCUCAGUGACAUCUACACUGGCUUGGUCGUGUUCUCAGAAUGGAAUAUGGCAGGAUCCCCAAGGACAUGCCCUUAGGAGAGCUGGCUUCAGGUUCCAGGUCCGUUGACAGACCAACUCUGCGUUACAAAGAUGUCUGCAAACAUAACACGAAGGCUAGCAACAUCAACCCCACCAUGUGGGAAUCCCUUGCACACGACUGCAGUGCCUGGAGACAGGCAGUCAGGUUGAGCAUCCAUAGCAGUGACCAGAGGAGGAAUGACUACAAGGAGAAGUGCAGAGAGAAGAAAUGCUGUGGUGCAUCUGCAGCCGCACAACCAAAGCUUUUUUGGGGGUGGGCCGAUUCACUGCACCACAAACCUGCUGGUGGGCCGGAGUGCACACAGCAGAGGGGGCUUCUCUCUCCCCCCCCAAGUCCCUUCCGUCCCCUUGCCUACCUAGGGUGCUGCCGAGAGGCAGAGGCUGGUGGCGGCAGCGGCAACGGCGGAGGAAGAAGGAGCAGCCCAAAAGGGCUGCUUUGGGGUUGAUCGUUCCUCUUCCAUCACCGACAGCAGCAGAAGAGGUGGAGAAGGAAUGAGCAGCCUGAAAGGCCUGCUUUUGCGCUGCUCGUUCCUCCUCCACUGAUGACAACAGCCUCUGCUGCUUGCAAGGGCAGGCACAGGAGCCGUGCUUGGCAGAGUGGCGGCAGCGGCAAACAGCUUGCUCUGACAAAUGCGUUCGGCCAGCUCAGCCCAGCCCCCUUCCUCCUCUCGGCCACACGCAGCUGCCACUCCCCCAUUGGCCAGGGCCUCAAACCUUAGCAGGCGAUUGGCCAGCGAUUUGUUACACCGGGAGGAGGGGGAGGUUCCGCCGCAGUGAGGGAGAGGAGGGGAAAUGUCAGCGGGGGAAAAACGGUGCCCACGCCAUGGAAAAAACCCCACGGAUUCCCCUCGCCAAUCCACAGAACCGGCCAUGAGCCUAUGGGCCUUAGGUUGCCGACCUCUGGUCUCUACAGCCACAGCAGAUGCUGUGACCUUCCAACAGUUUGAUUUCACCCCCAAAAGCACACACCUCCAUUGUCUCCUGAGACAAAUGGAUGCCAACCAACACCAUGGGUAGCCAACAUGGUGUCCUCCAGAGGUGUUGAACUACAACGCCCAUCAGCCCCGGCCACCAUGGCCAGUGGGCAGGAAUGAUGGGAAUUGUAGGCUGUGAUGUCUUCAGAACACAUGGGCAAUCCCUGGUCUACAAUUGUUGUUGUUGUUUAGUCGUUUAGUCGUGUCCGACUCUUCGUGACCCCAUGGACCAGAGCACGCCAGGCAUUCCUGUCUUCCACUGCCUCCCGCAGUUUGGUCAGACUCAUGCUGGUAGCUUCGAAGACACUAUCCAACCAUCUCGUCCUCUGUCGUCCCCUUCUCCUUGUGCCCUCCAUCUUUCCCAACAUCAGGGUCUUUUCCAGGGAGUCUUCUCUUUCUCAUGAGGUGGCCAAAGUAUUGGAGCCUCAGCUUCACGAUCUGUCCUUCCAGUGAGCACUCAGGGCUGAUUUCCUUAAGAAUGGAUAGGUUUGAUCUUCUUGCAGUCCAUGGGACUCUCAAGAGUCUCCUCCAGCACCAUAAUUCAAAAGCAUCAAUUCUUCGGCAAUCAGCCUUCUUUAUGGUCCAGCUCUCACUUCCAUACAUCACUACUGGGAAAACCAUAGCUUUUACUAUACGGACCUUUGUUGGCAAGGUGAUGUCUCUACUUUUUAAGAUGCUUUCUAGGUUUGUCAUUGCUUUCCUCCCAAGAAGCAGGCGUCUCUUAAUUUCGUGGCUGCUGUCACCAUCUGCAGUGAUCAUGGAGCCCAAGAAAGUAAAAUCUCUCACUGCCUCCAUUUCUUCCCCUUCUAUUUGCCAGGAGGUGAUGGGACCAGUGGCCAUGAUCUUCGUUUUUUGAUGUUGAGCUUCAGACCAUAUUUUGCGCUCUCCUCUUUCACCCUCAAUAAAAGGUUCUUUAAUUCCUCCUCACUUUCUGCCAUCAAGGUUGUGUCAUCUGCAUAUCUGAGAUUGUUGAUAUUUCUUCCAGCAAUCUUAAUUCCGGCUAGGGAUUCAUCCAGCCCAGCCUUUCGCAUGAUGAAUUCUGCAUAUAAGUUAAAUAAACAGGGAGACAAAAUACAGCCUUGUCGUACUCCUUUCCCAAUUUUGAACCAAUCAGUUGUUCCAUAUCCAGUUCUAACUGUAGCUUCUUGUCCCACAUAGAGAUUUCUCAGGAGACAGAUGAGGUGAUCAGGCACUCCCAUUUCUUUAAGAACUUGCCAUAGUUUGCUGUGGUCGACACAGUCAAAGGCUUUUGCAUAGUCAAUGAAGCAGAAGUAGAUGUCUUUCUGGAACUCUCUAGCUUUCUCCAUAAUCCAGCGCAUGUUUGCAAUUUGGUCUCUGGUUCCUCUGCCUCUUCUAAAUCCAGCUUGCACUUCUGGGAGUUCUCGGUCCACAUACUGCUUGAGCCUUCCUUGUAGAAUUUUAAGCAUAACCUUGCUAGCGUGUGAAAUGAGUGCAAUUGUGUGGUAGUUGGAGCAUUCUUUAGCACUGCCCUUCUUUGGGAUUGGGAUCUUCUCCAAUCCUCUGGCCACUGCUGAGUUUUCCAAACUUGCUGGCAUAUUGAGUGUAGCACCUUAACAGCAUCAUCUUUUAAAAUUUUAAAUAGUUCAGCUGGAAUACCAUCAGUUCCACUGGCCUUGUUAUUUGCAGUGCUUUCUAAGGCCCAUUCGACUUCACUCUCCAGGAUGUCUGGCUCAAGGUCAGCAACCACACUACCUGGGGUGUAUGAGACAUCCAUAUCUUUCUGGUAUAAUUCCUCUGUGUAUUCUUGCCACCUCUUCUUGAUGUCUUCUGCUUCUGUUAGGUCCUUACCACUUUUGUCCUUUAUUAUGGUAAUCUUUGAACAAAAUAUUCCUUUCAUAUCUCCAAUUUUCUUGAACAGAUCUCUGGUUCUUCCCAUUCUGUUGUUUUCCUCUAUUUCUUUGCAUUGCUUGUUUAAGAAGGCCUUCUUGUCUCUCCUUGCUAUUUUUUGGAAAUCUGCAUUCAAUUUCCUGUAUCUUUCUCUAUCUCCCUCGCAUUUUGCUUGCCUUCUUUCCCCCGCUAUUUGUAAGGCCUCAUUGGACAGCCACUUUGCUUUCUUGCAUUUCCUUUUCAUUGGGAUGUUUUUUGUUUCUGCCUCCUGUAUAAUGUUGCGAGCCUCCAUCCACAGUUCUUCAGGCACUCUGUCCAGCACAUCUAAAUCCUUAAACCUGUUCCUCACUUCCACUGUAUAUUCAUAAGGGAUUUGAUUUAGAUUGUAUCUUACCAGCCCAGUGGUUUUUCCUACUUUCUUCAGUUUAAGCUUGAAUUUUGCUAUAAGAAGCUGAUGAUUUGAGCCACAGUCAGCUCCAGGUCUUGUUUUUGCUGACUGUAUAGAGCUUCUCCAUCUUUGGCUGCAGAGAAUAUAAUCAAUCUGAUUUCGAUGCUGCCCAUCUGGUGAUGUCCACGUGUAGAGUCGUCUCUUGUGUUGUUGGAAAAGCGUGUUUGUGAUGACCAGCUUGUUCUCUUGACAGAACUCUAUUAGCCUUUGCCCUGCUUCGUUUUGAUCUCCAAGGCCAAACUUGCCAGUUGUUCCUUUUAUCUCUUGAUUCCCUACUUUAGCAUUCCAAUCCCCUAUAAUGAGAAGAACAUCCUUCUUUGGUGUCACUUCAAUAAGGUGUUGUAAGUCUUCAUAGAAUUGGUCAAUUUCAGUUUCUUCAGCACCAGUAGUUGGUGCAUAAACUUGGAUUACUGUUAUGUUAAAAGGUCUGCCUUGGAUUCAGUAUCGAGAUCAUUCUAUCAUUUUUGAGAUUGCAUCCCAGUACAGCUUUUGCCACUCUUUUGUUGACUAUGAGGGCCACUCCAUUUCUUUUGCGGGUUUCUUGCCCACAGUAGUAGAUAUGAUGGUCAUCCGAACUGAAUUCGCCCAUUCCCGUCCAUUUUAGUUCACUGAUGCCCAGGAUGUCAAUAUUUAUUCUUGCCAUCUCAUUUUUGACCACAUCCAACUUACCCAGGUUCAUGGUUCUUACAUUCCAGGUUCCUAUGCAAUAUUUUUCUUUACAGCAUUGGACUUUCCUUUCGCUUCCUGGUCUACAAUGCCUGACAGCAAUUCUCUAGAGUUUCAGGCAGGGUUCUCUCCCAACCCUACCUUGAGAUGCCAAGGACUGAACCAGGGGGCUUCUGCAUGCUAAGCUGAUGCUCUGCCCCUGGGUCAUCAUGGCCCUUCUUUACAGAUGCAGGUGCCUCUGGAAAACUCACAAGCAGGGUAUGAAGGCAACAGCCCUCUUCUGCUGUGCUGUGAUUAUUCUUUGGCAAGUGAGGCUUGUAUUUCUCACUGUUUAAGUUUGGCACCAAAGGCAAUCCUGCUGAGAUUGCUUCCACUUGGGAGCUCUUGAGUGGAGCCUGUCCCUGCUGAAUUUGGGGCUUUAAGUCAGCACCAAUCAAGCCCCAUUUUUGGCAGAGAUCAGCUACGCUCCAGAGUUCCUGACUGGAAACUCUGGAGUGUAGCUAAUCCCAUGCUGGCUUGAAGUCAACACCAAUCAAUAAGAGCCCCUCCUACACAAUGAAAUUAGACUCGAAUGAAGCAUUUUAUUGCAGCCAAUAGAACAGGUUGCAGUGUGUGUGUGUGUGUGUGUGUGUGUGUGUGUGUGUGUGUGUUUGUAUGGGUGUGUGGUGCCCUCAACAGUUUCCCAGCUUUGCAAAUGUGUCCACAGCCCCUAAUAUUGGCAACCCUUAUAACCAUCUCUCUUUUUUAACUGCUUCUGAUCUCUUACUUGUGGUACAUUGCAGUUCAGACAGUAGAAUUACCAUAUUUUUCGCUCUAUAAGACGCACAUUUUCCCCUCCAAAAAUUAAGGGGAAAUGUGUGCGCAUCUUAUGGCGCGAAUGCAGGCUCCUUGGCUUCAGCGAUAGCAACGCGAAGCCUCAGAAGCGCAGUGGGAGCACUCCCGCUGCACUUCCGGAGGCUUCGGCGAAGGCAAUGUGGGAGAGGGAGAGCUGUGCAGCACCCCUUCAGCAUAGCGGGAGGAGAACUGGAAGGGGCUCCAUUUCUCCUGCCGCUUCGCUUAAGGGGCGCGGCGCAGAGAGGGGGAUAAUUUUUUUUCUUGUUCUCCCCCUCUAAAACAAGGUGUGUCCUAUGGUGGGGUGCUUCCUAUAGAGCGAAAAAUACGGUAUCAGUAUCAGGGGGGAUUAGGGGUGUCAAGUCAAUUAUCUUUUGAUGCCUUUCAUUUCUCUUGCUGUGUUCAACUGUUUUUGCCAAGGUAGGGAAAACCAUGUCACUAGUAGCUAGAGAUGAGGGAGGAAUUCAAUUCAGUUCACAUGCAAGACUCACCUGAAACAAUGUGUGGACCGACCCAACACACAGACAUCCUUCAAAGUUUGCACAUCUGAAUUUUGCAAUGCAGUUCUCCAGCCAAGCAGCAUAUAUUUGAGUAAAAUGUCAUGAAAUGCACAAAUUAGUGAAGAUAUUGUACCAAAAAGCAUAUUAGGGAGAAUGGCUUGGCAAAAAUACAGUUAGGCAAAAUUGCAUUGAAAAUGUGUAUAUUCAGAGAAAUUUGCACCUAAAUAGAUUAAUUUUCAGGAGGAUAUUAUUAUUAUUAUUAUUAUUAUUAUCAUCAUCAUCAUCAUCAUGGCAAACUGACAUAAAAAUGUGAAAACUAAGCUUAAGUUUGGAAAAAUGAGAACUGAAAUUGCCAGAUUCUCCCAUCGCAACUAGUAUCUAGUAUCAGACACAAAGUUUCAGGGAUGCAGGUGGCGCUGUGGUCUAAACCACUGAGCCUCUUGGGCUUGCUGAUUGGAAGGUUGGUGGUUUGAAUCCGUGUGAGCUCCCGUUGCUCUGUCCCAGCUUCUGCCAACCUAGUACUUCAAAAGCACACCAGUGCAAGUAGAUAAAUAGGUACCGCUGUGGCGGAAAGGUAAAUGGUGUUUCCGUGUGCUCUGGCAUUCAUCACAGCCCUCCAUGUGCCAGUAGCUGUUUAGUCAUGCUGGCCACGACCCGGAAAGCUGUCUGUGAACAAACGCCGGCUCCCUCAGGCAGAAAAGUGAGAUGAGUGCCGCACCCCAUAGUCGCCUUUGAUGGGACUUACCGUUCAGGGUUCCUUUACCUUAUGAAGUUUCAACAGAUUAUCUUGGGCUAGACAAUGCAUCCUGUUGAGUCAUUAAAGAAGAGAGCAUCUCACUGGGGGGUCGCCAUACAAAGGCUUCUGGAAAGUGAAAAGUCCUCUUUACUGAAGGCAAAUUGAUUCUGUAAGGCAAACAUUUGCUGUAGGUGCCUCUGCAAAGCAAACAAUCCUAUCCGGAUUGUUUUGGAGGGGUGGGAAGGAAGUCACAAAAAGAAGGGUGGCUUAAAUUAUUUGCACCCAGGAUUAAGCUGUCUGUUACAUGUCUCUGGACAUAUUUUCUUUGACAGCUCAGUACGCACGUUCUUUGAAACUUUAAAUUACUUUUCAGUUAGAGUGGAGGCAAAAAUGGCUUGGAAUCAAUAUUUUAAAUACAGUCUGUGUGGUAACUCCUUCACCUCCCUAUUCAUUGUGUAAAGCACAAUUCUUACUCCAGAUAUGGCUGACUCCAACUCCCAUCAGCAGCUGUCAUGACUGUCCAUGGUCAGGGAUGAUGGGAGUUACAGUCCAGCAACAUCUGGAAGGUCACAGAUUCCCCAUCCCUGCUCUAAGGAAUAUUUAAGAGCAACCAAAAACACAACUUGCCCCUCUCUUUUUGUAACGCAUUUUGGUUACUUCUGUACCAGCUCACAGCUUCCAAACCAAAACCUCAAAAUAGAUCCCUCUGUUGUUAAGAAACCAGAAGCCUUUCUGCUUGGAAUAAUAGGAUUGGAAUUGCCCAAAAAAGAUGUUAGAUUGUUUUUGUAUGCCAUUACAGCAGCAAGACUGCUAUUACCUAAAAAUUGGAAAUCUCAAGAAAUACCAACAGUAGAAGAAUGGCAGGUGAAGAUGUUGGACUUUUUGGGGCUAGCCGCGACCAGAAAGAAGAGGAGUAUCAAGAAGAUUGGAAGAAAUUUAAAGACUAUUUAGCCAAAUAUUUUAAUAUAAGAUAAUUUGAAGUCGCUUGAAAAUAUUAAAUAGGCUUAGGAAUAAAAUAAGAAUGAUUUGUUAAGCAUUAUGGAUUUUGAACAUCAAGAAAAGACUAGAAGAUAGUAAACUGAGAGUUAAUUUUAUUUUUAGAAAGAAGAGGAGCGCUGUUACAAGGGGAUAUAAUGAAAUUCAGUUAGGGGGAUUCGAGAAAGUCAUUUAACAAUGGAAAUUAAAAUGAACUUUAGAAGGAAUAUGUGUUUAUAUUUUUAUUUCUUUUUUCUUUUCAUUUUUUAAUAUUGUAAUGUGUUUUCUUUUGUAUGUUUUAUAUGUUAUAUUUGUCAAAAUCAAUAAAAAAAUUUGAAAAAAACCAAAACAAAAUAGAUCUCUCUGUAGAAUGCAGCGUAUCACCCCCUGAUUGAAGAAUGAGAUAUCAUCCCCUGCCUUAACCUCCUUGGCUGCUUCUAUGUUUCAGAAUCACAUCCUCACCUUGAUGUCUGUGGCUGCUCAGAUCUACAAGCACCCCAGCCUGAAGAACUCCAUCAGUUUGGUGGUGGUGAAGGUGGUGGUGGUGGAAGAUGAGAAGGUUGGGCCAGAAGUGUCUGACAACGGAGGGCUCAUGCUAAGGAACUUCUGCGAGUGGCAGCAGCAGUUCAACCCUGCAAGUGACCGUCUCCCGGAGCACUAUGACACGGCAGUCUUGUUAACGAGACAGGUGUGUAGACGCUUGCAGUCAGGUGUGUAGACAGAAUUGCUCAGAGGCCAACGUUGUCUAAUCUCCCUGCAAACAAACCAGGGUGAAGGUUCAAUAAAGAGGUCAUCUGGGAGCACCCUUUGUUACAUUGCCAUUUUUUCCUCUUUGCAACAGGCAACCAGAAAAAUGCCCGUUAGAAGUCUGAACUGUAUGCAAAGUGGGAAACAGCAUCUGCAUUCAUAUCAAAAUGUUUGAGAUAAGAGUAUACUUGCAGUAAAUAUCUACAGUCAUACCUCGGGUUGAAUAUGCUUCACGUUAAGCGUUUUCAGGUUACGCUCCGCAGUGACCCAGAAGUAACAGAACAUGUUACUUCCAGGUUUCACCGCUCGCGCAUGCACAGAUGCUCAAAAUGACAUCAUGCACAUGCACGGAAGCGACGAAUCGCGACAUGCGCAGAUGCAGGUUGCGUUCACUUCAGGAUGUGAACAGGGCUCCAGAACAGAUCCGUUUGCAUCCAGAGGUACCACUGUAUUAGGGAUGACACACACACACCCCAAAUACAUAAGGCAGGCAUCCCCAAACUCAGCCCUACAGCUGUUUUGGAAUUACAACUCCCAUCAUCCCUAGCUAACAGGACCAGUGGUCAGGGAUAAUGGGAAGUGCAGUCCCAAAACAGCUGGAGGGCCAAGUUUGGGGAUGCCUGACAUAAGGGUUUGUUUAGAAGGCUGGACUAACAGGAAGACUGAAAGCAAUACCGUUUGAUAAAAUAAUAUAGCAAAGCCAGCAACUGAAACAUACAACAAAUCACAAAGAGAGGAAGGGAGAGAGUGGUGGACUGGAGGCUAUUUGCUAGGAACUCUUGAGCUGUGAUUCCUGCAUUCCAGGCAGUUGGACUCGAUGACCCUUGAGACGUACCGUCCAAAUCUAAAAUUCUGCAAUUCUAUGAAAAAACCCUCACAGUGGCUUAAAAGAAUCAACAAAUUCUAAGAAGCUCCAAAAGCCCUUGGAGAAUGACGAGGUCUUUCCCUGGCACUGAAAAGAGAAAAGAAUAGCUAUUAGGUGGGCCUCCUCACUAUUUGCUUUUAAAAAACAGGAUUUGUAUACCGCUUAAUUGGUGUGGGUUUUUUUUAAAAAAAAUCUGGUUUACAUAAAAUAUACAUUAAAAUUAUUGGUAAAAACCAGAAGUUAAAAAAACAAGUUGACCUAAGAAAAACCUCAGGGCUAUAAAAAAUUUUAAAAUCCCAAGCUGGGAUUCAAGGCAACUUACAAUUUUAAAACACAAAGUAAUAAAAACAAAGUAGUUAAAAACAAUAGUUAUAAUACAAUAAAAACACAUUUAGAACCAGCAUUAAAAUACUGAUUGCCUUGAUGUCAAGGGGAAGGCAGUUCCAGAAGGCAGGUGCUGCCCCACUGAAACAUCAGUUCCUUUCAAGUGUGGAAUGGUCUGUUCAUUUAUAUUGCUGGGUGAGAGGUCCAUUGGGGAUGAUGGUGGCUCCGUUUCCUUUGUGUACUAGUUUCUGUUUCAUUUUCUCACUCACAGGAUUUCUGUGGACACCAGGGCUGCAGGACCCUUGGAGUGGCUGAGACAGGCACCAUGUGCAACCCAAACAAGAGCUGUUCUGUGAUCGAAGAUGAGGGUCUCCAGGCAGCCUACACCUUGGCCCAUGAACUAGGUAGUUACCAUGCCCAUAUUGAUGUGCACAGCAAGGGGAGGAAGCCCAUCAUAGUGCCAUUCUUAAAAAGAACACCACCACCCUUUUCUAGCCCUCAUAGUUGGAAAUAUAAGCUUGCAUAUAUUUAAGCAAUGACUGCCAAAACUUAGGAAGCCAAUGGAAUCUCAGAAGCUGUCUUUUACAGAGUCUGAACACUGGUCAUCUGCUUCAGUAUUGUCUGCACUGACUGGCAGUGGCUGCCAAAAAACUUUCCCAGUCCUGUGAUGAGAAUUGAACCCGAAACUCUCCGCCUGCAUGGCAUGUUCUCAAUCACUGAGCUACAGUCGUUUCCCAAGUAGUUGCUGAACAAGUUUUUCAUUGCCAUGUGCACUGUUGUAUAAUUAACUAGCAAAAGCAGAAUAAACUACGCAGUAUGCAAAUGUUGCAGAAGAGUGCAGCAAAAUAGAAAAACCUGCAGCUUUGCAAAAUGUAGGUUUCAAAAUUCAGCUUUUCUUAUUGCAUAAUGGGGAUCAUAGGGACGCAGGUGGCGCUGUGAGUUAAACCACAGAGCCUAGGACUUGCCGAUCAGAAGGUCAGCGGUUUGAAUCCCCGCGACGGGGUGAGUGUUGCUCGGCCCCUGCUCCUGCCAACCUAGCAGUUCGAAAGCACGUCAAAGUGCAAGUAGAUAAAUAGGUGGGAAGGUAAACGGCGUUUCCGUGCGCUGCUCUGGUUCGCCAGAAGUGGCUUAGUCAUGCUGGCCACAUGACCCGGAAGCUGUACGCUGGCUCCCUCGGCCAAUAAAGCGAGAUGAGUGCCACAACCCCAGAGUCGGUCAUGACUGGACCUAAUGGUCAGGGGUCCAUUUACCAUUUAUUGGGGAUCAUGGCACUGAAAAUCGAAGCUUUGUUUUAGGGUAACUUUUUAUUUUCAGUGCCUUUUUUUGUACAGGGUGAGCACAGCUUUCAGAUGGCAGACUUGGAAAGAAGUUUACUAGGGUAUUACAGCACUUUGUUUGGGGAUGGGAAAGAUGUUGCAAAGGAAUUCAGGGCAAUGAAGCCAUCUCCAACGACAAUUAUCAGUUCAGAAAGGCAGGAAUAGCUCAUUCACCUCCUGUUUCUAUGCUCUUUCAUUCCAGGGCAUGUACUCAGCAUGCCUCAUGACGAUUCCAAGGCCUGUGAGAAGAACUUUGGGACCUUAGGGAAGCAUCAUAUGAUGGCCCCUCUGUUCAUCCACUUAAACAAGACUCUGCCAUGGUCCCCUUGCAGUGCCAUGCAUAUCACAGAAUUUCUGGAUGGAGGGCAUGGUAGGUAUCAAACUUGCUAUCCUUUUCAGAUGUCUGCUGGGACAGUCCAUUGAUGCCCAUCCAUCUUUUGAGAAUGGCUAUUAGAAACUCCUUGGUAAUGUCAUGAUUACAUCUCAGGGUACACCCUCCUCUGACAAUAUUGUGGUUUCUCCCUCUUCAGUUACACAAGGCAUUUAGUCAAUGCCAAACUCAAGAUAGGCCAUGUGUCAGAAUCUGAACACUUUUGCAACUUUUCAUGUGCUACAGUUUUGUGAUUUUAGGACAGGUAAAGCAAAGUACUUCUUCAUGCAGCGCAUAGUUAAACAGUGAAGGUUGCUCCCACAGAAGGUAGAGAUGGCCUCCAGCUUGGAUGGCUUUAAAAGAGGAUUGGGCAUUUCCCGCCCCCGCCCCCCCCCCCGCAUCAAUAAAAAAAACCCCAUCAAUAAAAGAAUGGCAAAUUAAACUUUGUGAAUAUAUAAAUUUGGCAAGAUUCACAGCAUUCUUAAGCAUAGCUGUCAACAUUUCCCUUUUUUUAAGGGAAAUUCCCUUAUUCCGAAUAGGAUUCCUUGCAAGAAAAGGGAAAAGUUAACAGCUAUAUUCUUAAGGGGACAAUCAGACCAAAAAAUUAGCAAAAGAAUGAGAUUGUAUUAAAGAAUAUAUGAAAAAACAUUGUUCUGGAGUAAGUAUAUCGGUAUGUAACAAAUGAAGCUUUGCAGGGUUAAAGAAAUUGAAAAACGGUGCAAAGGGUAUAAAGAUAGAGGUAAUUUACAUUAGAUACAACAAUUCAGAAAGAUUAAAAAUUUUGAGGUCUCAAAACAGAGGAAGGAAGUCAAUAUGUGUAUAUGUACGGAAGUCAAUAUGUGUAUAUGUACGUAAAGAUUAUGAUGAUGACAUGGUUUUCUCUGUAGGUUUGUGUGUGUGUGUGUGUUUGUUUCUGUUUGUUUUGCUUUGCUUUAUUUUUGUUUGUUUUUUCUGGAUUUUAUGUUUGUAAUUUUUGUUGUAAUUUUGCAUUGAAAAUUAAAAAUUAAAAAACAGAGGAUUGGGCAAAUUUAUGGAGGAGAAUGGGUGGCUAUUAGCCAUUAUGGUUGGAGGUAUCAAUGCUUCUGAACACAGUUACUGGAAACCACAGGAGGGGAAAGUGCCCUUGUGCUCAAGUCUUGCUUGUGAGUUUCCCACAGGCAUCUAUCUACUUGGCCACUGUUAGAACAGAAUGCUGGACUCAUUGGGUCAUUGGUCUGAUCCAGCAUGUUGUUCUUAUGCAAGGAAAUCCUUAGCUUCUCUAGAUUUGGUGAUAUUUCCAAUUGGAAUACAGGCUUCUUUUGUUAUGUAUGCAAUUUGACUUUGGCUGUACAGUAGCUGGGAAGCUGAUUCAGUACACAUUUAAAGCCAUACCUACCUGAUUCACACUUUCCUAAACAAUAUGCAAGCCAAAAUACAACCAUCCUUUGAAAUCCUUAUUAUUCAUUAUUGAAAUGAAUAAAAAGUAGCCUUUGGUGUAACCUUCUUUACCUCUCUCCCUCACCAGGUGACUGCCUGCUUGACAAACCUGCCGAACCCAUUGCCCUCCCCACAGACCUUCCAGGCCAAGUCCCCCUAUACAACCUUGAUCAUCAGUGCCAGCAGAUCUUUGGCAAGGAGUUUCGACACUGCCCAAACACCACGCAGGAGGACAUCUGUUCCCAGCUCUGGUGUAAGCUGGAGGCAGGGGAGCGCCUGUGCCACACCAGGAAUGGCAGCUUGCCCUGGGCAGAUGGGACACCCUGUGGGGCAGAGAAGAUGUGUUUGGAUGGACACUGUGUGGCCCAAGACACAGUGAUGCCUGAGGUAAUCAUCUAGUGAGAAGCAGGCAGCCCACCUCUUACUAAAGGCCAAAUAACACUUGAAUAACACAGUUUCUAUGACCUCUCCUCCAAACAGGGUGUGUACCCCUUUCUCUUUCUGCCAUUUCAGAAUUAUAAACACAGGAACACCUUCCCACUCACGUGGAAAAAUAUACAGGGAUUGUGUAUCUUCCCUUCAUGCCUGAUAUCAUCAUCAUCAUCUUAUAUUUAACUAAAGCAUGCAAAAAUUUCUAAUUGCUAUACAAAUCCAGUAGACAUGAUACAAAAGGAAAGAGGACCGGGAGGGAAGAGGGAAAGCCAGCAUUGGAGCAACUUCCCCAUUGCUGGCCAAUGGAUGGGGGCAAGCUGGUCUUCUCUCUGCCAUGAUGACGGGGGCUGGGGCAGCCUCCCAAUGGCAAAUCAGCUGGAAUCAGGGCCUUAACUCAGGGAUUUGUAUUUUGCAGCCGGCAGUGGAUGGAAACUGGGGGCCCUGGAGCCCAUGGAGGCCAUGUUCCAGGACAUGUGGUGGAGGAGUGCAUUUCUCUGAAAGAGGGUGUGACAACCCCACACCUAAGAAUGGAGGCAAAUACUGCGAAGGCCAAAGAGUCAAGUAUGAAUCAUGCCACACUGAGGAAUGCCCACCGAAUGGUAAUCAGCUGUUUCCCGGCAAACCUUAAUUCCCACUGACUCCAGAAGGAAGAAGCAGAGCUGACCCCACCCCAACCAAAGGGAAAUAGCUUGUGACAAGAAUGCAACCAUUGUAAGGAUGGGCAGGAAGCCAUUAAGAUAUCAGCUAAUAUAUUGUAAGGGUUAACUACACUGCGGACAUUUGUCAGUUUUAUAUUGCUUUAUCUGUCAUGAAUCCUGGGAUUUUUAGUCUAGUCAGGAUGCAGAGAAUGACCUGUUAGAGAUCAUUAAUAUUGCCCCUCCAGAAAACUACAAUACCUGGUGUACCUGGAAUGACAGAAUGACUAUUAACUUAGUUUAAGGCCAAAUUCACACAAUACAAUUAAAGCAGUAUGGUAUCACUUUAAACAAUCAUGGUUUUUCCCAAAGAAUUCUGGGAGCUGUAGUCUGCUAUUGACUGCUAAGAGUUGCUAGGAGAUCCCUAUUGCCCUCCCAGAACUACAGUUCCCAAAGUUCCCUGGGAGAAGGGAUUGCUUUUUAAGCCACUCUGAGGAUUGUAGCUCUGGGAGGGGAAUAGGAGUCUCCGAAUAACACUCAACACACUUAACAAACUGCAGCUCCCAGAAUUCCUUGGGGGAAGCUGUGACUGUCCAACACAGAGCUUUCCAAACUGUGUGUAGCAAUGCAUUCAUGUGUUGGCUGCAGUGUGAAGGUGUGUCGGGCAAGCGCUCCCCGUCCUCCUCCAGGGGCUGAAAAGGGGUUAGUUUAACCUCCGGUUUGCUAGUAAAACUGAAUUACUGUGUCGUGAAAUGAUGCAUGUCUAAAAUGUGUGUCACCAACAUGAAAAGUUUGGAAAGCUCUGGUCUAACGUGAUAACAUGGCGCUUCCAAUGUAUGAUGUGAACGCGACCGAUGGCUGCAGUCUAGCUAUGCCCUUUAACAUGAAUAAGAUCAGGACUUGCUACAGAAGCAUGUCACAGAGAACCCGAGAUGGCUUUAAAAGAGGAUGAGGAGAAUUCACGGAGGAGAAAGCUAUCAAUGGCUACUAGCCAGGAUGGCUAUAGCUGUUUUUCUGGGCUUCCAUGUCUUCAUGUGCAAUCAGAUGCCUUUCCUUUCCUUUGCAGGCAAGAGUUUUCGAGAGCAACAGUGUGAAAAGUAUGACAGUUACAACUAUACAGACACAAACGGGAAUCUGCUGGAGUGGGUCCCCAUGUACACAGGCGUGUCACCUCGAGACCGCUGCAAGCUGUUCUGCCGGGCUAAAGGGGGAACCCGUCAAUUCAAAGUGUUUGAGUCCAAAGUAAGACUUGCUCUUUGCUCUGAAAGUAACCUCAAAAUCCCUUCGAGCAGUUACAGCACUUUUAAAAAAAAAAAUAUUAUUCGACUUUCCACAAUUAUAACAAAAAACACAAAGCAGAAUGACACACAAAAACAGGGAAAAAACGGGGGGGGGGAAUAGAUCAAUGAACGAAAAAAGAAAAAAGGAACAAUAAACCAAUAAACAAUAACAACAAACUUAAUUCUUUACAAAUUCAACCUUUUAAACAUCUUGGUUGACUUCCUCUAGUCCCUCCCUUCUGAGUUUCCUUGUAGUUGAAAGUAACAGCUUUCCAAUAUCAUUAUUAAACUAAAACAAUUUCCAGUUAUAAUCCAUCUUAUUCACUUUUCUUAAUAUUCUAGUUACAGCACAUUUGAGCUUCUUUUUGCAACUAAACGAAAAAGCAAAAAAAAAAAAAUGAAUUAUGUGCAAACUGUAUGUACAUUUUAGCAGACUGGGGUUAUCCUAAAUCAGGCAUCCCCAAACUCGGCCCUCCAGAUGUUUUGGGACUACAACUCCCAUCAUCCCUAGUUAACAGGACCAGUGGUCAGGGAUGAUGGGAGUUGUAGUCCCAAAACAUCUAGAGGGCCAAGUUUGGGAAUGCCUGUUCUAAAUCAUGGUAUCACAGAGAAGGGCAACGGAACCUCACUUUGCUCUCGCUUUGUUUUUGUUUCAGGUAGCUGAUGGGACCCUCUGUGCACCCGACACCCUCUCUGUUUGUGUGAGUGGGCAGUGCAUCAAGGCUGGCUGUGACCACAUCAUUGGCUCGCCCAAGAAGUUAGACAAGUGUGGGAUUUGUGGUGGCAACGGCUCAACUUGCAAGAAAAUAUCUGGCUCACUCAACAAAUCUAAGUACGAGGCAGACCAGGGCAGCUUGAGCCAAUCCUAGUAUUGCGAAGGAGGGAGAUGGUUGGGCGAGGGCGGGGGUAGACCAGAGGAAGACUGCAUAGGAGGCGAUGGCUGACCUGAUUGCUUGUUUAUUAUGGUUCUGGAGCUGGAUUUAAAGAUGGUGCUGCAGAAGCACAAAAAUCAUAGAUCAAAGGGGAAAGCUCGUAGCUUUGCAUGUAGAAGGCCCUAGUUUCAGUUCCUGGCGUCUUCAGGCACAGCUAGGAAUGUUCCCUGUCUGUAUCCCUCGAGAGGCACUGCCCAUCAGUGCAAACAGUAAUAAGAUAGAUCAACCGAUGUAUAAAGCAGUUUCCCUGCUGAGGACAGGGGAGGGUCUCUUUGCAGAAGGGGCCAUGGUCCUUUAUGGAAUAUCAAUUUUGUAGCUGAAGAAAUUUGUUGUGCUGUUUCUGGAGUUUGUAGGAAUGGUGUUAUUGUUUUGAGAGCUUGUGUAUUAUUCCACUUUUAUUUUGUAUGCUAUUUUGAUGGCUUUCUGCUGUGAAGUAGGUUAUUAUUAUUAUUAUUCUUAUUAAUAAUAAUAAUAAUAAUAAUAAUAACAGCAGCAGCAGCAGCAGCUCAGUGACAGCAUCUGCUUUGCAUGCAGAAGAUUCCAGGUUCACUUCCCAGUAUCUCCAGGUAGGGCUGGGAGAGAACCCUACCUAAAGCCCAGGAGAGCUGCUGCCAUUCAGUGUAUGUUCCUACCAAUGGGGCAUGGGCUGCGUAACUGAGCUGGGGAAUCCAGAAACAGCUCUGAUGCGCAAGCAAGAACAAGGAUCUGCCAGCUACCAUUGUUAAGGAUAUGUCAGCCUAGUUCUCUAGUGAGAUACAAACCUUGAGGUUCAGGCAGAUAGCAAUAUUCUUUCAAUACUUCAUCCAGGCAUUUGAGAUAGGAAUAUAUAAAGGAAUUGUUAAAAAAAAAAAAAGGCAUUGCAUUUAUGAUCAAAACACAUUGUUUUUGCCCUAUCUGUUCAAUUCCCUCUUUUCUUGGGAAAUGAAGUGUCUCUCUAGCUUCUGCUACAUUUCUAGGAUGCUGUACCUGAUGCAGCAACAGCCCUAACUGCUUCUGAAUUAUCACCUCUCUCUCCCCCACCUCCACGAAUCCUGGGACUUACAGGUUUGGUGAGGGUGCUAGGCAUUCCCUUAGCGGUCCUUUGUCCCCUGACAUAGCCACAGUGUCUAGGGGUAGCUUGGGAGAGAUGACAACUUAAGCCAAUUUCAUUCUGUGGUAGAUAGAAUACACAUUCAUGAUUUAUUUUAUUAUUUAUUUGGAAAUAUUUAUUUCAUGCCACUUAAUUUUUAAAAGCAUUUGCAUAAAAUGGUAUGAAAUAAUUAUUUAAAAUUUGAAAUAAAAACAAGUCUUUAAAAACCACGGACGUAACAAAAUUAUCUGACCAUGGAGGAAUGAAUGAAUGAGACUUUUUAUUGUUUAAAGCCAGAGGCCACCACAGUAUUAAUAUAACAAACAAACACGUCUCUUUGGUCUCCACAGAUUUGGAUAUAACGACAUUGUCACAAUCCCCGCAGGAGCAACCAAUAUUGACAUCAAGCAACACGGUCGCCGAGGGGUGUGGCCUGACCAAAACUAUUUAGCCCUGAAAACCCUGGAUGGCAAAUACCUCUUGAAUGGAAACCUUGCCAUUUCAGCUAUGGAAGAAGACAUUUUCAUCAAGGGGACUGUACUGAGAUAUAGUGGCUCUCUUACCACCCUGGAACGCAUCCAAAGUUUCCAGAAGCUCCCGGAGCCACUUACUGUCCAGGUGUUGACCGUUUCCGCUGAGCUGUUCCCCCCAAGGGUGAGAUACACCUUCUUUAUCCCCAAGGACGUCCACUUCAGCAAACAGAAGAGCAAGGAGAAGAACUUGGCCAACGUAAUCAAGCCCAUGCUAACAUCACAGUGGGUCCUGGGAGACUGGUCCGAGUGCUCGAAAUCGUGUGGCUCUGGCUGGCAGAGACGAGCGGUGGAGUGUCUGGAUGUGGAAGGGCAGGCCUCCUCAGCCUGCAACAAAUCCCUCAAGCCUGAGGACAUCAAGCCCUGCAGUGACUUCCCGUGCCCCAUCUGGCAGAUGGGGCCUUGGUCCCCCUGUUCUCAAACGUGUGGAGAGGGAAUGCGGACACGAAGCCCCUUGUGCGUUGACUACACAGGGAAACCUAUCACCUCAGAGAAAUGUGGUUCGCCGCGGCCGCCAGCAGCUACCACCGCCUGCAUGCUUCAAGAGUGCUGAGGGCAGAGGGAUGGCCGACACAUGAUCAGAGGCAUGUGUAACAUAGGCUACUAUCCUGACCCGAACCAGGCUUGGCAUGACCAAGCAAGGAUGUAGGUUUAAAGGCAAAUGUGCACUAUUUGACCUGAACAGGCCCUGCUGGGUAGACCUGUUUGAAAGAAUAGCAGGCAUUGAAUACCAACCACUUUCUUUCUCUCUCUCUCUUGCAUUGUCUUCCUCCAAAUUGGCAUCUACCUCAGGGGCGCGAGCGCGGAAUAGCAUGGGAUUUUGGAUGAAUAAUGGUAAUUAUUUUUGGGAAAAUAUUCUUUUUUUCCCCCAGGCCACUGUUUUACACCUAGGAGAAUUUAUAAACCGGUCCUAAGCUGGACCUGAAUUUUGCUCACACUUUCCCCAAGCUUUUUUGUGGGUCUUAUCACAGAAAUGGCAUCUAAGAACCUUUCACUCUUCAAAUACAGGGAUACCCUCAAUCCGUUUUUCAGUAGUAUACAGCUCCCAUAAUCAGUAUAGCAACUAUCUACUGUGGGCCCCUAACCCAGCCCCCAUGUUGAAUAUCUGUAUAUAAAUGAGCAGGCCACUUAAUCCCACGCUGGCCAUGAUACUCGUAGCUCCUAAUCAGAAGGAUUCUGCUGGAGUAACUGACCUUCCGACCGUUGUCUCAGCUGCAAAACAAGGUACACAAUUCAAACCUGUUCUGCAGGCUUUCGUCAGGAUUAGUCGAAGGCUUACUAUAUACAGUGUUUAUUAUAUGGUGAUGUUUUUCUUGCAGUGAUUUGUUGGCCAUGGUCUACAAUAGACUGGUUCUCCAUUAGAUCAAAAUUCUGCAGCUGACUGAUCUGACACCUGCACUCUCGUGUCAUUGGGAGCAGCAGCAUGAGGGACAUAGAAACCCUGGGAAGAGUUGUAGCUCAGUGGUAGAACAUCUCCUUUGCAUGCAAGAGGCCCCAGGCUCAAUCAAAUGCAAGCUUAUCUGAAACCCUGGAGGGCCAGUCAGUGUGGAUAAGACUCAGCUAGAUGGCUCAAGGAUCUAGCUCAGUAUAAGGCAGCUUCUUUCGCCUCUCUUUUCACCUGCUCUCUGACUAGAGCAUCAUGUCAUGGUUAAAAGCAGUGUGAGCAGAAUGACACGGACAUGCAGCAUUCAAUCCCCACCCCUGGCUUUUAGGGAUUGAAAAUGGCAGGUGUGGCUCAUCCUCCUUUUCGUUGCCAUGCAACAACAUCUGCCAAUCUGGAAGCUUUGUUAAGCUUAAUAAUAAUGCUGUGAACCAAAGAAAGAUGAUAUAGGUUUAACUCUAUGAAAGGUAUACCACCACCCCUUAUUUUAGGGAAGGGAGACACAAUUGGGCUUCACUGAAGUGCUAGUCCUAUUCAAAGCAGACCCACUGAAGUUAAAGGACAUGACUAACUUGGGUUAAUUGAUUUCAACUGAUCUACUCUGAGUAUUGUCCUUGAAAACGGUUCCUUGGUGAUAACAUCACCAAGCAAUGUCCCGCCAUGGCCUGAAAAUAAAACUCCCUUCCCAGUUGGAUCCAUGCUUUGUAAAUCAGGAAGUGAGUUCAGCAAACAAACUCUAUAAACCGAGACACAACAAAAUACGUUGAAAAUUGACACAGGCUCAUUGAUCCAAAACAUUUGGAUGCCUUUGCUCAGUUGCGUAAUACAGUCUAAGAAAGGAACCUCAGCCGUCUCUUGGGUUGAGCACAGUUUAGCAUUUCCUUUUCCAUGGAAACCUUUGUUGCUUCCAGGCCAUUAUGUGUUUGUCAGCUACAUGUUUGGAUAAGGCGAUUAUUCAGAAAAAGAAAGCGGAAUACCUACUGUGUAUUUCAUUACUUGUAGACAGUUGGCUCAGUUUCAGUGUAUAUAAUAAUAUGGAUGUGAUUAUAUUUACGCAUAUUUCCCCAGUACCUCUCCCCACCCAACAGCUUGUUUUACUUGUGGAUUUAUUAUAUGUACCAUGGCUUCAUACUGGCUUUCAUGCUAAGGUGACUCAAGGUUCAUGCACAUGAAACAGGGAAACAGUGAUUAAAUAUCACAUUACAGCUAUUGGAUCAAGGAACUAGGCAUCAAAGCUAAAGCAAUUUCUACUGUCUCUGCUUUAAGUGUAUGGCAUCAUGCUCAUAGACAGUGUUAACAUUCCCAAAGCUGAUAAGGUCAUAUCCACACCACACAUUUAAAGCAUUAUGAAACCACUUUAACAAUCAUUACUUCCCCCAGAGGAACCUGGGAACCUUAGUUUGUUAAAGAUGCUGAACUCAGAGCUACAAUUCCCAACCCUCUUAAUUAACUACAGUUCCCAGGAUUGUCCAUGACUGUUAAAAGUGGUAUGUGAGUAUGGUAUGAAUGUAUGAUCUACUGUAUUUUUCGCUCUAUAAGACGCACCAGACCACAAGACGCACCUAGUUUUUGGAGGAGGAAAACAAGAAAAAAAAAUAUUCUGAAUCUCAGAAGCCAGAACAGCAAGAGGGAUUGCUGCGCAGUGAAAGCAGCAAUCCCUCUUGCUGUUCUGGCUUCUGGGAUAGCUGACCAGCCUGCAUUCGCUCCAUAAGACGCACACACAUUUCCCCUUACUUUUUAGGAGAGAAAAAGUGAGUCUUAUAGAGCAAAAAAUACGGUAUAUAUUCUACAAAGAUAUUGGUGGCUUUCCCAUGCUUUGGCUACUCAGUUUCUAUAAGCACUUUUGGAAAAGCUGAAAAACAUCUCCCCUAUGGUAUUUUUUUGGCAUUCCUUGUGAAAAAGAAUGCAAGAAUAUUGACGGGCCUUUGAUUUGAUCCAGCAGGGCCUCUUCUUAUGUUCCAUUUGCCCUUCGUCUCUCAGUUGCCAUCAAUCUGAUUGGAUACAUGACAUUCUAGUGCCAUCCUCUUCACCAUGUGAUCCCUUAAAAACCAUGUGUUACCGAAGAAGAAAGGAAAAGUAGCAACUCGGAGAGUGGGGAGGACAGGAAUGAUGCUGAAGCUAUAGCAGCCAGGGGAAAUAAUGGCAGUAUGUAGAACUUCAGAAAAUAUUUCCGCUGAAUCAAAAUUGCAACUUUCCAUCCCAAAAAACUAAGAGAAUAUCCAGCAGAUGUUAUUAUUUUGCUAAAUCUUUCAUAUCACCCUUGUAUUCCAAUUCUACCCAAGACUUUGUGCUUAGGAUUGUAGCUCUAAUUACUGUGCACCAAUUAAAAGCCCUACAUUCUUCAUAAUGGCUUAUCCAUCCUUAAAGUUCAAAUCACUAUAUAGUUUAUAAAAAGCACUGGAGAGGCCUCAAGCUUAGGCUCCAGUACUAAUCUUGCCACUGGGACGCAUGGAAAAUGGAAUUCCCAGUCCUUGCUUGUCUCAGUGAAUUGAACUGGAAUGCAUCAUAAUCAAUAUUUCCCAUGCUCCCUGGCAGCAAAGGAGAUACUCGGGAACAUAGAUUGCUGCCGAAAGCAGAAGGAAUCUAGUUCCCCAUGCUACCUGGUAGUAAAAGGUGAGCACCUAAGCCUUAAGCUUGACACCUUCCCAUCUCUCACUAGGGCACGCUUGCAUUGAGCCGUAUCAGGAUAGCAGAGAAUAUGCUUUAAUGGGGAAGGUUCUGAGUUCAAUCUCUGGCAUUUCCAGGGACAGUGAGAAGAGAACUAGGAUGGCCAGAAGCCAAAAAGGACAGGACUCCUGCACCUUUAAUAGUUGUGCAGAAGAGAUUUCAGCAGGUGGAGCUUGCGUGACAAGCUGCUUCGGAAAGCAAACCUCAGCUCUAUAGAAUAGAGUUGGAGGGAGGAAGGGAGGUUGAAAGAUGCAGCAUUGCUAGUGGAUACUCUAGUCAACUGUUCCUGUUCAAGAGGACAGAAAUACUUAAAUACUUACACUGAGUUCCAGGAACUAUCCUCGCUAUCCAUUGUAAUGCGCACGUUGCUCCAAUGCUUGGCAGUAACACUAUCCGGCAGCCCUAACUGUAUAUCACAUUUCAUUCUGAAUCUUACACCAGCAGGCAUGAUCCUGCUAGUUGUUCCAGUGGUUAAAUACUGGAAGCCAAAGAACAAGUUAGUGCAGGAGGCACAUGUAAAUUUACACCCCUGUCUCCUAAGCAGUGAGAGUUGGAUUCCUCUGAAAUUAAUGGGAUUCAGCAUGUAGUAGGAGAAGCAUGUGUGUUGGGGAGCAAAGAUUGGGUUCUCGGACCUCUGGGGAAGGGCCAUAGCUCAAUGGCAGAAUGCAUUCUUUGCAUGUGAACAGUCCCAGGGUUCAGUUUCCAGGUACGUCUGAAGAAGACUCCCACCUGAAACCCUGGAGAGCUGCCCUCAGCUAGUGCAGACAGGGCUAUGCUAGUAGGACCAGUACUAUAAAGCCGCUUAUGUUGAUCAUACAUGCUAAUAUUCCAGGGGCUGGAAGCGGAUGACAGUGGAGAGGUGUGGAGAGUUAUGCACCCCUCCAAGCUGCCACUUCUUUACUGCACAUGCUCCUCCUCACCCUUGCAUUUGUGUUAACUGGAGUGUACAUAUUUGUGAGACAAGGGUGUGCCUCCGUAACAUGUGGUUCCUUCCUCACUUUUGCUUAAUCAGGACCAUCCUGAGAUGUACUGUCUAUCAACUGAACAUUUUAUCUCCCAGUAAAAUUCUUUUAUAUAGAGAAGGCUUUAACAUACAACACACUUUCCUCUUUCCACCCCUGUAUGCCCUCAGAAAAGCACACAAGCAGUUGCAAGUUGCAAGGACUGACGUGGUACUGACAACAAAAUCCUGGGCUUAACAUGUGCUUAAAGGUAAAGGUAAAGGUAAAGGGACCCCUGACCAUUAGGUCCAGUCGUGGCCGACUCUGGGGUUGUGGCGCUCAUCUCGCUUUAUUGGCCAAGGGAGCCAGCGUACAGCUUCCGGGUCAUGUGGCCAGCAUGACUAAGCCACUUCUGGUGAACCAGAGCAGUGCACGGAAACGCCGUUUACCUUCCCGCCAGAGCAGUACCUAUUUAUCUACUUGCACUUUGAUGUGCUUUCAAACUGCUAGGUUGGCAGGAACAGGGACCGAGCAAUGGGAGCUCACCCCGUCGCAGGGAUUCGAACCGCCGACCUUCUGAUCGGCAAGCCCUAGGCUCUGUGGUUUAACCCACAGUGCCACCUGCAUCCCAAUACAGGGGCACCCUAUUCCUUUAUCCACCUAUGCACUCAAAAACCCAGUCUCUAUUUUAGUGGAACCUUCAAGUCCUAGAGCCUGCUCAUUUCUGCUGUAAAAGUUAGUACUCCAAUGGCAGCCAACAUGGUGUUGGUUACCCAUGUAGUAGUCUAUACACCAUUAGAAGGUCAGUCCUGGUUUGUCUAAUGCAACUUUGGCAAUCAAGUGCCCUCCAGAUGUUUCAGACUACAACUCCCAUCAGCACCAUCCAGUGCAUCAGUUUAGUGAAUGUUGGUCCAACACCUUCCUUUACAUUUAGUGCACAACGGGCUUGUAACGAGCUUCCUCCUGCAUCAAAACCUGUGUGGUCCUCAAAUUUCUUUUCUAAGGCCCCCAAUGUCCAAAUGACUCAGAAUUAUAUCCUGAAUUAACUUGGUGUUGGGGGGGGGGAAUAACUUCUUAUUUGAGAAUUCAGUUGAGAAACUAGGCUAGAUUCAGCCUUAAGAAAGGCAGAUUCACUUUGUUAAAGUUCCAGCUUGACACUUCUAGCAAAAGGGUCAGCAUGAAGUCUCCCCACAAUUAAAUGCUUCCACCUUGUAACUUAACAUGACAUUUGGCAUCCUUGCUCAAAGUAAGGCCCCGUGCUGCUCUUCAUGUAAGGAAAGCACUGGGCAUUUGGGGACAAAAAUAGGAGUUUGGCUCUUCUUGCUUUGGAAAUGUAAUGCCCAUGCUCAUCUGUACUAUACACUGAAAGCAGUAUCAAACCACUUUAAACAGGCAUGGAUUCCCCCAAGAAUCCUGGGAAUUGCAGUUUGUUAAGCUCACUGAGGCUUGUUACGAGAUCCUAACUCUCCUGAGUUACAAUUCUUAAGAGUGGUUCAGUAGUCAAUUCCUUUUCCCAGGGAACUCUGGGAACUAUAACCCUGUGAGGGAACAAGGGAAUAUGUGACUUUUUCAAGUGCUAUGAUACAGAUUUAAAUGUAUAAUGCGGAUGGAGGCCAAAGAUUUAGAGACAUUCUACCGAUUGCAAAUCUUGAGGUGGUAUAAUGUUAGACUGAAUCACAUCAGACUGUUGAUGGAGGGGUCAUAUUUUCCUGAACUGCUUCACUUGGAAAGCUUCCUAGAUCCCAGAGAGGGCUGCCCUACUCUUUUCCCCCUGACGUGCUAGUUCAUGGUGUACAGAGAGUUUCUGUACAUGAGGGAACAUUGGCAAUGACCCCAUCUACUGUUCAAUGGUACAGUCCAGAAGUCUGCCAACUCGUUCUGCGUAACGCAUGGAACAACUCUUUGCUGCUGCUGGGCAACAUCCAUCAGCAGAAGGUUGGUGUGAUCAAAGCUGCUGCAUGUUUCCUCUUUGCUUUUUCUUGUGGAAACAAGGCACAGGCAGAUUUCUGUAUCUAGCACAUGCAGGAUUUUUGAUGCCAGCGCUGAAGGUCAUUCAGCAUCUGGCUGUUGGGAGAUUGGGAGAUGUGGUGCAUUCUUGGGAAAAAGCAAUGGAAUUCCGUGGUGCUACUUGGCUGCUCCCUCUUGGGGCUGAAACAGUGCGGAAUGUGCUCUGGCAGCUUUGAGACGGGUGAGUCCAAGGCAAGGAUGACCCUGUUUCCUGCAGAUGGCAACCUUUCAAACAAAGCCGCUCUGCACAGUGGGUGCAGGUUUUAAGAUGGGCUCUUCAGCUGUUGCUGCUUCGGCUUUGUGUGAAGGCUGCAUGAAAAGGAAAAGAACUUUUCUCAGAGGAUCCACCAUUACGCAAGGGCUCUGACCCUCAGCACCUUUUUGACAAUAAAGGGGAAGCUGUUUUUGUUCCCCUUGAACGGAGCCAGUUAAUGACUGCUUAAAAGCUAUCCCGCUGGAACGGCCAGAGGGAGAGAACAGCUGCAGCCUGAAACAGAUAUAGUUGGUAGUGAUCAGGGAUGGGUGAAUCUGCCAAUUUAGGUUUCUCUCACUUUCUCACUUUUCCAAUUUAAAGUUCAGAUCUCCACAUUCCACAUCUGUUUGUGUUCUCUCUCUCUAAUCCUGAAACUUCAGCAGUAUUUUAGUGCAAGUUUCUCCUAAUAUACACAUAAAGGUAAAGGUAAAGGUACCCCUGCCCGUACGGGCCAGUCGUGUCCGACUCUAGGGUUGUGCGCCCAUCUCACUUAAGAGGCCGGGAGCCAGCACUGUCCAGAGACACUUCCGGGUCGCGUGGCCAGUGUGACGAAGCUGCUCUGGCGAGCCAGCACCAGCGCAGCACACGGAAACGCCGUUUACCUUCCCGCUAUAAAGCGGUACCUAUUUAUCUACUUGCACUUAGGAGUGCUUUCGAACUGCUAGGUGGACAGGAGCUGGGACUGAAAGACGGGAGCUCACCCCGCCGCGGGGAUUCGAACCGCCGACCAUAUGAUCGGCAAGUCCUAGGCACUGAGGUUUUACCCACAGCACCACCCGCGUCCCUUAAUAUACACAUAACUGUAUACAAUUAAUAUACCUAAUUAUCUAAUAUGCAUAGUAACUGAAGCAUCUUAUGUUUUCAGUGUUUCUAAAUGUUUAUCUUUGAAGUACACAGUGACUAAAAAAGCUCUCCUUUCAUGCUGAAUAGGGUGGCUGUAGAAUACUGGGACUCUGCUACAGAAAUACGGUAGUAAGGGGUCUCUGACUUCCCACCAUGACCCUGGACUACUGCACCAAUGCUCCCAGCCCUGCUUUUUUAACAGGAUAUGCCAGGCGUUGAACCUAGGACUACCUGCACACAAAAACCCCAUGCUACAGCCCUUCUCCAUAAAAGGCAAUUCCAAAUCCUCUGGAGGGACAAAAAAGGAGAAGAGGGUAUAUUUAAACCAGGGAGUAAGCUCUGGAGUUUUAGAUCCCACUUUUGAUAGGAAAGAAAAAAGGUUGCCUCAGUCUUUAACCACCAAUUUGAACUUUGUCUGGUCAAAAAACCUUGGAUGCUCCCACUGCAUUUCAAGGUUCUGGGUGCAACCAGAAGCAGAAAUUCCUAAACACCAGGAGGACAAAAAGUAGUUUGAGAGACCUGACCAGUACAGGAAAUACUGGAACUCUUAGCCAGAAAGCUUUUCCUUGCCAAACAGCUAUCUUAAUUUUGUAGACACAAGACAUUUGGCAACAACAGUCCCACUCUCCCUUUUUGCAGGAUGCAGAGAGCUCCUAUAGAAGCCAAGAACAUUUAUUACCCUAUGAAGAAGGUUGAAGAGAAGAUAGGGUUCCUUAUGACCGAGGGUUAGUUUCCUGAGCCAAACCACAAGUCUUGCACUUCACAUUCUUUCAGAUAUCUGGGAUAAUCCCUGGAUGUUCUCCUUUGUUUGUAAGAAAUAAUACCUAUAUUCCUCUCACUAUUUUUUGUUCUUGUUUCACAUUAAACUGCAGUUUUUUUAAAAAAAAAAUAGUAUAAAUCGUUUUACUGGUAUAAUACAUUUCCCAUUAAACAAAAGAUGAAUCCAAGCCAUACACUAUUUCUUCUGGGAUGUGUAUACCAGGGAGUUGUAUGCAACUAAAUUCUACUCAGAGUAGGCUCACUUAAGUUAAUGAACCUAAGUUAGUCAUGCCCAUUAACUUUAAUGUGUCUACUAUAUGUAGGACUAGCCCCAGAUUUUUUAAUGUGCCCUUUAAAAAAAAAAAGUCAAGGACAGCUGCAAAAUUUGGUAUAGUCCUAAAUUCUACCCCUGCUGUAUGCAAAUCAGACCUAUCUCUAAUAACUGCAGGAAGACUUCAUUUAUCAGGGGGAAUAUCUGGACUUUUUUGAGAAAUAGAAUGGGUAGAUAAGAAAGGGGAGAUUACCUGCUAUUUAUAUUUACAUAUUGUGUGAUGCUACCUGGAGAUCAGGCAAAAGCAGGAGCACUGUGAAAAUGAGUUGUGCUCUAUUCUGAAGACAGAAUCGUAGAAUUGGAAGGGACCCUGAAAAUCAUAUAGUCCAACCCCCUGCAAUGCAGGUAUAUGCAGCUAUCCCAUAUGGGAAUCAAACCUGCAACCUUGCUGUUAGCAGCACCACACUCUAACUGAGCUAUCCAGUUAGUCAUAACAUUCUUAACAACUGUGAGUUCUUUGUUAGCCAGCCAAACUUUGCAUCUUGUCUUGCCUGGUAAGUCAAAUGCUAGAUCAAAGCAGCACAUGCACAUUUGUUCUUCCAUGCAUCCAUCAUUUGCCUUACAAAAAAAUAAUGAACUCCCAGCAGAUUGGGAGAAAAGGAAGAGGUACGCUGCCAGUGUCACAGGUCCAGGCUAAUGGGGCACUUGUCAAGAGGUACCCACUUAAGCCAGCCUUUCUCCAACACAUCAGAAACUUGCAAAACCAUUCCCUCCCCAACUCACUGGAAGAAGUGACAUGUUUUUCCAAGGCAGGAAAAGUGCAUUCAUACCACAUCUACCAUGCUUAAAAUCCUCUGUGUGUCUUCACCCCAUGUAUGAGGUCAUCUACCGGAAGUGAAAUUCCAGUCACUCUAACAUGAUGCUGGAUGCUGUCCUUUUCUCAAUUCCUUCUUCUCUCUCGCAAUGCAUUUCCAAAAACUCAAAAGGUCACUGUGUGCGUCUUUUCUGUCAGGCUGUAAGUAACACUUCUUUGGAAUAUGCCCGGCAUUUUAGCCUGACAUUUUCCUGAGGCUGUGUUAGAGAUAUGUACGCUGUCAUAAAGCCUGUGCUAGACUUGGAAAUGGGGAGAGCAACAUCUCAUCUAUCAGUACUGUCAGUGCAGCCCGCUGUUUGGUUUUCCCUUAUACAGAAAAAUAGACCUUACUCAGUAAGCUGCUCCUUUUAAAGCCCAAUUUGGUCCUUCGUUCUGUUAUGCUUUGCUGAAAAAAAGAAAGAAACAGCAAGGUGUAUACAAUUAAAUUCCUCUUGGGAGAGUCCACAUAGGCCUGAGGUUAUUGUUGGAUUUCAACUGAAGUGAAGUUCACAGCAAAUUUGGAGGUCCCUUCUUAGGUGAAACAACUAAGAAACCUCAAAGGAUACACACACCCCAACAAAUUGGAUAAGAUUAAAUAUUUCUCAAAAGGGUUUCACACAAUCCCAACUUAAACUAGUUUAGGGACCUCCCCGGAGUCCUUUUUUUAUUGUGCAUUUAUGGUCAUUUGUGCUCGUGGUGGUGUCUGGAUGGUUAUACAUGAUUCUGCUUUCAAUACUGUUCGUGCCUAUAAAGGUUUUGGGGCAGACAUAACUGCUUUGCUUCCAAUCAGUGCAUGUCCCAUAGCUUUCUGCUGAAAUCUUGUAACUUUUCACACCACAAAUUUUAUGUGGGGGUAGAAUGUCCCGCCUUUGGUGCGCUACAGCGCAAGGGUGCUCCUCCAGAAGUCAAUAAUGCGGUAACAUUGGAGAAGCAUCACAAAAUAAUAAAGCAAAAUAAUGUGUGGACUGCCCAGUAUAAUUCCACCACUCAUGCACUGUUAUUGUGUCAAUGGCAUGUUGUAGAAUACAUGUCUGCACCCACCCACCCACACAAACAACACCAGUCUGGAAGGGUCCUAAGUCUGUAGCAUAAAGAUGCUUCCUUGGGGAUCAUUCCACUCAAAUUCUACUGUUUGUCUUCAACCCCAUCCUCCUGACUCUGCACUGCCCACUCCUGUAAUGCUACUAUCUUUUUUGCAUUUGGAAUGCCUGCCUGAAUUAGCCCUUCUUUUUUAAAUAAAAGCAAACAAACAAACAAACAAACAUGUAGCAUUGAUGGUGAUGUACGUAAAAUAAGUUAUAUACAGGAUUUAUAUGUAUAUAUGUUUCCCUUCAGUGAAGGACUGUAGCAUUGUACUGAGCCUCUUGUAAAAGGUAUUUAUUUUGUGUACAGUAACUGUCUUUGGAGGGGCGGGAGAGAAAGGGUGACUGCGUUACACAAUGCUGCUGCCUCUCCCACCUUCUCAAUUGCAUUUUAUGCAUGGGGAGGGAAAUCUCACUCCUUUCUCUCAACUGCUUACUUGCUCAGCUAAAAUAUCUGUACAGUUUGGUGUGCAGACCCAGUAAGCUGGUUCUAGUCAAGCUUUGCAAAAAAAACCACAAAAAACUUUCUAAUUUUUUAAUAAAUGUUUUGUUUUAACCUUCUUCUCCCCUCCCCUUUAAUCUUCUAAAAACAGAUAGCCAGAUUGUAAUGCUAGCAUUUAGCUGUGAAUAAAAGACUUCCUCAGUUAAGA